CGUCGGUAGAGUGACAGCAGCAGUGCCUCUGACUGCAGAGAUCUCUCCUUAACCUUAGCCAGGGAGCAGCUCCAGGCUAGAGCUACCAGCCCAAACCCUGUUUGCCCUCAGUGCCAUCCUCCUGUGCUGAACACACAGGGGUCUCCAUCCUCCAAGGCAACAAGGUCUGCUGUCCAGAGGGUAAGGCAAAGUUCCUAUUACUUUUAACACAAUAUAAAGCUCUUGUUUGAUGUGAAUGCUCAGCUAGGACCAUAUCUGGUCAAAAUAUUCAGUGUCACCAAAGGGGGACUCUGCGCAGCUUCCCUCUAUAAAUAGCACAGACAGUGUUCCUCAGAGAUUUAGCCUGAGUCACUUAUGGUGGGGACUCUAGUGCUAAAUGGUAUGUCCUGACUGCACACUCUGCUGGGGCUUUAAACCUGAAACUUUCCCAGUGCUGAAAAGUUCGUUAUUAUUAUUAUUAUUAUUUGUUUAAAAAGAUAAUCUAGAACGCUGAGUGUCUGUCACUGUAUAUUAAAGGGUGAGUGAAUGAAUAGUUCAGGCUGUUUGGGAUAGAGGGAUUCAGGGUAAGGUUUUUUUUUUACUUGUUACUGUGUAGGGAACAGGUGUAUACUGUGUGCUCAUUGUCUAUGGGUAGAACACGUCUUGUGAUAUUAUUUCUUAAUAAAGAUCAAAUUCCCUUUGUAAUAUCAUGAAAUACAGAGAAAGUGAAGUCUCUCUCAGUGAGAGAUGUGUGUAUUUCAGCUUCACACAGUGAGAGGGGUUAUUUUUUUUAUUUUAUUUUUAACCCCUUAUGGACACAUGACAUGUGUGACCUGUCAUGAUUCCCUUUUAUUCCAGAAGUUUGGUCCUUAAGGGGUUAAAGAAGCCUAUUUAAAACGUGGACACCAUUUCUUUUCAUAUUGUUUUCAAUACUCAUGUCCUUUAACCCCUUCAGGACUAAUGAGUUAUCAUGCUAUUAUUUCAGUCUGAUUCCCAAGGGCUCCAUGAUAGUAGUGAAUAUCUUGCUUUAUUUGUUGUUAUUGUUUAUUGUAAAAUGAGCCAGAUGUUCCAUCUUAAUACAGGAUCUAUAAAGAAUGCUUUGUUAUGAUGGAAUUAGUCCGGCAUUGGCAUUUAAGAGGUUAAUGUUACCGACAAGCACUCUUAUCUAUCAAAAAGAAUGUUAUCUGAAUUCUCCACAUUAAGGGACGAUAUGUGCCCAAAAUAUCACCAGACAUUAUUGUAGAUUCCAUAGAAUGUACUUUUUUUUGUCCCCUUUAGAAUUACAAACAUGUAACCCAUCUAAAACUUAUACUCAAGAAAUACAAACAAAGUCUGAAUAGAGUACUUCACUAAAUGUUAUAAAGAAAAUAUCUCAGUUUUAUUAAUUUAUCCAUUAAGGAUUUGUAAUUGUUGAUACAGUAUAAUGUCAAAUGCGGUUUAUCUGGGUUACACCAACAGAUUCUUCUUACCCUUCUAAAAGUCAAGUGAUUAAGAACAGAUUCUUUAUUUAGACCCCACACCAAAUAUAACCAGACAGAAAGCCUUUGUCUUAAGUGAUAUUUAUACAUAACACUAUAUUUAAUACUGACAUUAGGUUGAAGGUGAACUUCGUUAUUUGGAUUUGAUUUGAGUACUGAAAUUAUUUGGCAAUUGUGGAGAACUGACAGAAAUAGCAAUUUUUUAUCCAAAAUGGUAAAUUUUUCCAACACAUUUAUUUUUCCAGACUGCUUACUAAAAUUUGCUAUUUCCGUUGUUUGUUCUUCAGAUUUCCCAAUGUAAUAACCAAAUAAUUUAUUAAUUUUCUAUCUAAAAAGCGCACCCUUGAUUCUUGACAUUAUAGUAUAUUUAGAACAGCUGUGUGUCUGUUCCAUUAAUAUUUAAACUUUCUUUUUAUUAGCCCCCACCAUGACUGCUAUAAGGUUUUUCAGAAAAGAAAAAAAAUGUAUUUAAAAUUAUUCUUCCCAGCAAAUUUCUAAUAAAGGAACCAUGGAUGAUAUGACUCUGAGUUGCUUGCCCAUUGAAGAAGAAGCAUACAGGUUGCCAGACAACUAUGUUUGUGUGGUAUUUAUAUAUUGUAAAAAUAGUCCUUAUUGAAAGGUAAACUAUAGUUGUAAAUGGCCUCUAUAAAUACUGCAGUACAAACUAAUGCAAAAAUGAAUAAAUACAAGUAAAGUUAAGCUACAUUUUUAUGUUUAAAUUUUUUUCUAUAUUAUAUGUAUUUAUUGAUUAAAAAAAUCUUAAGCACAUAAUAUUGCAUCACCAAAUACCAAAGUUUCUCUGUUAUCACCACAUUGGAUAACUCAGAGUAUGUUAGAGAUGUUAGGGAACUUAAACAUCUGAUUUUGCCAUAACAGACAAAAUUUGUUGAAAAUGGACGAAUUAAAACUCGCAAUGGCAAUUCUCAUAUUUAAUAACACCAAUUCCAGUUGAAAUUUGAUCCGACCAAAUCUGUGUCAUUUGAUUGAAAUUGUUCGGUCUCUAGUUUAAAAUCAGUGCUUUUUGCACCCAAACCCUAUACAAAAUACAGGAUUCAAAAUAUGUACAAAGCACAGUUUUUACACUGAAUCAGGGCCGAAUGCGUCCUCCAGGAUGCAUAUUCGCAAGUUAUCAUUCACUUGCUGUUUGCUAGCUAAUUAUAAUGUGAAGUACUAUUUGCCCACAAGCAGCGCUCGCAGCCAAUGGGCAAAUAGUUUAAAACAUUUGGCAAUGCCAGGUUUAAUCAUGUAGCGGCUGGCUAGCUCUUACUAGCCUCCUGUCACAUUUAAAAAGUACAAUUUUUUUUAAUUUUAUUUUUAAAGCCUAUGAUGUCGAUAUGAUCACCAUAUUUCUACAAGGGAGGUUUUUAACCUCUGUUAUGCCCCCAUUUGCCAUUCUGCGGAUGAGUGCAUAUCUGCUAAGCAGUGAGCAGCCAAUAGCCGUGAGCUUUGGACUAUAAAUGCCUGUCUGUGAGUUUCUUGUACAGGAGCUCACCUUGUUUUAAAGUAAGCACAACUUUUAAUCAAAGGAAUACAUUUGCUUUACUAUUUUACACAUUCAUGGCUUCCUGUGUUUUCCUUUGAGCUCAUCAUCCAGAAGUGUACUUCAGUGGGGGCUAUCCCUCUCCCUCUGCAUCUAUAUACCCAGAGCCAGACUUGGUUCUGAUCCACCCAAGUGGAUAUCUGCUGUGGUUUAUUUACUAUGGGGUGAAUUGAACUGAGAUUUAUUGCACUAUAUGUUUAUUAUUUUUUAUUACAGAUUUACCUAAAUCAAAGUUCCUUCUAUGAUAUAAGGGAGAAUAAGUCUACAGAUGCUUCUAACUUACCGACCAGGUUUCAUUUUUAAGACCUGGUCGUAAAACGAAUUGGUCAGUAAGCGAUGCACAUGCGCACCAGUGCAGGUCUAUAUUCAGGGAAAUUUCCCCGAACAUAGACAGGCAGAGCAGGGAAUACCCCAAAUCUAUGUUCGGGACACGUUCCCCAAACAUAGAUUACAUGGAUUCCCUGCUCUGGUGCAUUUUUCUAUGUUCGGAGAAAUUUCUCCGUACGUAGACAUACACACCAUUGCAGGGAAUCCCUCUAAUCUGUGUUCAGGGAAAUUUCCCCGAACAUAGACCAGGGAGGGAACCCCUCUAAUCUAUAUUCUGGGAAAAUUCCCCAAACAUAGACCAGCUCUCUAACGUGGGAAAUUCCCUACUCUAGAGUGCUGGUUGUAAGUGCGAGCCGCCGCUAAACAGGUAGGUCGCAAACUGAGAACCACCUGUAUGCAUACUUGCUAUGCAGUUGUAAACGUGGAGAUUGUUUGCACAAGUAUAGUGUGGAGGUCAUGCAGCUGAUCCAGAACUAAAAUCAAUUAUCACAAAUUUGUUUUUGUUACCCGCCUUGCACACUUUUUUUUUAAGGAGCAGUCAUUGGCUGCUCACUGUAACGAUAAACUAGCAAAAGGGCAGUUUGGGAGUGAAGUCUCUAGAGAAGUGAAACUUGCCUGGAACAGCGCUCUGAUUGGCUUACAAGAGCUCUACCGAGACUACAAGGUGUGGCAAGCCUUUAAAAAGGGUUUUGCUACCUUGGAAGCUCAUUCUACAUGGAACCCUCACGGAGCUCACACAGAUUUGUUUUUGUGGCGGGAAGUUUAUUUUUUUGGCAAAUCAGGUCUUUUGAUUUUAGUAGUAACAUUGGGAAUUAAUUGUGUUUUUGGCCGAGUAUAACUUUUUUUUCUGAAUAAGGUAAUAGGUACUAGCGCUUAAAGUGGUCGUUUAAAUGAGGGAAAUAUUCCAAGAAUAAUAUAAAAAGUAGCAGCUCAACACCAAAGUGUACAACUUCUCCCAAAAUACGCCAAGUAAAAUAGAAAGAUAACUAGUGUAGCGCUUAUAAAAUAGUAAACUGUACCUCGAAUAAAUUAAAACAAUCUAUACUUAUAAAAGUAUAAAUAAUACAUCACAGUGCAGAUUAUAUAAAAUAUAAAGAAUAUAUUUGAAAAAAAUAUAUAUAACCCUCACAAACAGAGGGUAUGAACCUAGCUCUGGUGUGAAUAGCCUUCGGGUCCGUUUAGGGAACCCACCCCUGAUGGAUAUGUACGUCCACUCUUAUUGGAAAGUAUAUAAAACAAGGAAAUAGAGUAGCUCCAAAUAAGUUGAUAAAAAGUCUUAUGCCAAAUCAAUACUCACAGACAUAGAGCCCCAAAUGGAUCUAUCACAGUGCUUUGUGUAGUUUGGGACUACACUCCCUCUUUGUAAGUAGCACGGAAUACCGGAAACCAGGUUAAAAGUAUAACAAAUGUAUUUCAAACACACUUUAAAACAUAAGAAAUUAAAAAGUGACAAUGUCCAUUAAGUUUUCCCACAACGCGUUUCACCACUAGAUCGUAGCUUCCUCAGCCAGGUGAAAAGAAUACUGGUCCCUGGUUUACCAGUUUUGAUUAUAUACCUUCUUAAUAGGGGGAUAAUAAACUAGUGUCUUUACACCUGUGCGUUAUUACCCCGUUCAGGUAAUAUGCUCUAAUUCAAGCCUCCUUAUCGAAGAUGAUUACUUACCAUGGCAGUCGCUCUCACCUGGAGCUCCGUCGUGUUCCAAGCCUCUCUUUCUAUGCUCGGCAUCACACUGCUUCCUUGCGGUUAAAGCCUCAUUCUGAUAUGUUGCCGACGUCACGUUGUUUCCUUGCGGUUCUGGCCUUGCUCUCAUUUGAUGGAUAUUUGUCCUUAUUCUGUUAUCCUCCUUGUUGAGUCAGUCCUAUAGAUAGAGUCUUUAUCUUGUGUAUCUUACUUGCCGCAAUCAGAUAUGUAAUUAAUUUUCCGACUAAUCUAGUGGUAUAGUCAGCACUUCCACAACAUAUUACAGGUUACAUAUCCAUAUAAAAAGGGAGAGAGUAAGAGAACAUAUAUUAUAAAAGUAUAAUGAUAUAUUUUUAGUCACUACAUCCAUAGCCUCAAUCUUUAAAACCAUAAAUGUAAAAAAAUCCCCCUGGUAGAUCCAUUGUAGCAGGUGUAGAUGCAAUCUCAAGUAGGCUGUCUCAGUACAUUGAUGUUUUAUUACAAUCACUAAUCCAAAAAAACAAAUCUCACAUUUAAGACAUUUUUAAAACUUUUAGAUGGACAUAAAUGGGAAAGUAAAUAUUUUUUAUUGACCUGCGACGUCGUAGUAUUAUACAUCAGUAUACCCCACGAGUAUGGUUGUAAGGCUGUUGAACAUUUUUUAAAGGAAUCCAUAGAAUUUUUAACCGCUCAGAUAAAUUAUUUUAGAAGGCAUCAACCUUAUUUUAAUAAAUAGUUUUUUCUGGUUUAGGGAGGAAUUUUUUCUACAGAUUAAUGGAACAACCAUGGGGACUAAGUUUGCUCCCAGUUAUGGCAAUUUUUAUAUGGCGUGUUGGGAAGAAAUCUAUAUUUAUGGUCAUCAUAACUGGGAGCUUAACUUGGUCUCCUACGGCCGGUACAUUGAUGACAUUCUCUUUAUCUGGAAAGGAGAUGUGGUGGGAUUGGAGGAAUUCUUGGACUUUUUAAAUGACAAUAUAUGCGGAAUAAAAUUAACUAGCACUUGGAGCUAGAAAAAGGUAGUCUUCUUAGACCUUAAUAUCUAUAUCGAAGAAGGGAAUGUACUAACUAAAAAUUAUUUUAAACCAGUAGAUUCUAAUAGUUUUAUUAGUAUAUAUAUUAGUUGCCACUUUGCGCCUUGGCUGGAAAAAUGCCCCUAGAGGACAGUUCCAAAGAUCCCGAAGAAACUGCACAAGUCUAGAAACCUAUGAAGAACAAUCAUUAAAAAAUAAAGGAGAUUUUCUAGAAAAAGGAUAUAAAGAAAAUAAGAUGGAGACAUCGAGAUUAGAGAUUAAGAAUAAAGAAAGAAGAGAAAUGUUGGAUUACAAAAUAAAGGAUAAGGAAGCCAUGAAAGACAUUCCUUUUAUUUGUAACUUCAAUGUAGAAAAUAACAAAGUAAGGACAAUUAUAAGAAAAUAUUGGGCCAUUUUAUUGCAGGAUCCUCUUUUAUAAACGAUUUUACCAGCACAACCUAGAUUCGUUCAUAGAGGAGUAAGAAAUUUAAGAAGUACCUUGGUAACAAAUUUCAUUAAGGAAAAAAAAAAAGAACCACUCUAUAAUUUUUAAUAAUAAAAAAGUGUUUUUUUGGUUGUUUAUGUACAAUGUACAUAGUUACAUAGUUGAAAAGAGACUUGCGUCCAUCAAGUUCAGCCUUCCUCACAUAUGUUUUUUGCUGUUGAUCCAAAAGAAGGCAAAAAAACCCAGUUUGAAGCACUUCCAAUUUUGCAACAAACUAGGAAAAAAAUCCUUCUUGACCCCAGAAUGGCAGUCAGAUUUAUCCUUGGAUCAAGCAGUUAUUGAAAGAUUAUACAUUGAAAGAUUAUAUCCUUGAAUAUUCUGUUUUUGUAAGUAUGCAUCUAGUAGCCGUUUGAACAUCUGUAUGGACUCUGAUAAAACCACUUCUUCAGGCAGAGAAUUCCACAUCCUUAUUGUUCUUACUGAAAAAAAAUCUUCUUCCAGUCUAAACGCAUGACCUUGUGUCCUAUGUAAAGUCCGGUUUGUGAAUAGAUUUCCACACAGUGGUUUGUAUUGGCCCCGAAUAUAAUUGUAUAAUGUUAUCAUAUCCCCCCUCAGGCAACGUUUUUCUAAACUAAAUAGGUUUAAAUUUGUUAACCUUUCUUUAUAGCUGAUAUGUUCCAUUCCUUUUAUUCAUUUUGUAGCCUGCCUCUGCACCUUUUCUAGUGCCAUAAUAUCCUUCUUUUGAACAGGUGCCCAAAAUUGCACAGCAUAUUCAAUAUGUGGUCUUACCAGUGAUUUAUAAAGAGGCAAAAUGAUAUUCUCAUCCCGAGAAUGAAUACCCUUUUUCAUGCAUGACAAUACCUUACUGGCCUUGGCCACUACUGAUUGCACAUUGCACAUUAUUGCAUAGUUUGUUGUCUAUAACAAUUCCCAAGUCCUUUUCGUGUGUGGUUAUCUAUAAUUCGCUUCCAUUAAGGGUAUACGUUGUUUGUUUAUUCUUUACGCCGAAGUGCAUAACUUUGCAUUUUUCAACAUUAAAUUUAAUCUGCCAUUUGAGUGCCCAGUCCCCCAGUCUAUCUAAAUCCCUCUGCAGCAAAGUAAUAUCUUGCCCACAUUGUAUUAUUUUACAGAGUUUUGUGUCAUCUGCAAACACCGAAACAUGACUUUCAAUGCUUUCUUCAAGAUCAUUUAUAAACAUGUUACUAUAGAUUUGUUACCAGUUAUACCUGUAGUUGCCACUGUAAUUUUCUGUGCAUGCAGUUUGUACUAUAGUCAUUUAAUGUUUCUGACCAAUAUUUCAUGAAGACAGUUAUUAAUAUUUUGGGUGAUAGAAUUUGGUUGCUAAACAUUUCAAUAGUAUAGAACACGUGGAUACUCCACUCUCCUCCCCCCCCCCUCUCUCACUAUCCUUUUCCCCUCCCCAGUCGUAAAUACCUUCAUAUAACUGUUCAAUCUCAUUCUCUAUUCCUCAGGCCUCACCGCAUUUUUUUUCUCCCCACUUCCUGCCCACCCUCCCCUCCUCUGUUAACUCUUUCAGCCAUCACCUCCAAACUUCCCCUGCUACCCCUUGUCUCAAAUCCCCAUGGUAUCCUUUAGAUUGUAAGCUCACGGGCCAUCUAGCCAAGCACUUUGUAUGAAAGAGCUCCAAUGGCUAGAUAUCAGCUUACGGGCAGGGCUCUCUCUACCUCUUGUAUUUGUCUGUGUAUAUUGUACGUUUCUCCACUAAUUGUACAGCGCUGCAGAAUCUAUUGGCGCUUUAUAAAUAGCAGUAAUAAAUAAUAAUAAUAAUAAUAAUAAUAAUAAGGGGUCCCAGAACAGACACCACUUGCCACCUCUGUCCAGCUUGAAAAUUAACCAUUAAUGACGACUCUUUGUAUUCUGUUUUUAAGCCAAUAUUCUACCCAAGAACAAGCAUUUUCAUCUAGACUGAUUUCCUUGAGUUUGAACACUAGUCUAUUGUGUGGGACUGUACGGCUUGUAAAAAGUCAGAUAAUACUAGAAGGAUUAUUAAAGAAAUUAAUACCAAGGAAGAAGAGUCAAUACCUAUUAGGAAUUUUAUCACUUGUUAUUCAAAAAAUAUUAUUUAUCUUUUAAAAUGUCCAUGUGGCCUAAAUUACAUAGGUCGACCCACAAGAGCUUUACACGUUAGAAUUGGGGAACAUUCAAAAAGGGUUUGAGAACCAUAGCGUGUCCUACCAUUUUAAACAAAUACAUGGUCAGGACCCCAAAGGUAUGUUUUUUAUAGGUUUAAAGAAAGUGGAGAUUGGAGGGGAGGAGAUUUUAUUCAAAAAUGGGUAAAAUGGAGAUGGAGUGGAUUUUUAAAAUGAACACUCUUAUCCCAUAUGGAUUACACUCUGACUUUGAAUUAUGUCACUUUUUAUACGGUCCUGAUUCAUUUUUAUUCCCCCCAUUAAUUAAACCCAUAAUAUGAAAUAUAAUAAUAAAAUAUCCAGAAUAUUGUUAAAUUAUUUUUAAUAAACCUAAAAUAUUUUUUAAAGAUUUGUAUUUAUACAUUUUUAAUAAAGAGUAAUUUAUACUGUUAAUAUUAAAAUAAAAUAUGAGUGUACAGAGGUUUUUUUCUUGUUCUCUAUUCUCUUUUUACUGUUUCUUCUUUAAUUCAGCACUUUACCUGUCUGGUUUUAAAGAUUGAGGCUAUGGAUGUAGUGACUAAAAAGAUAUACUUUUAUAAUAUAUGUUCUCUUACUCUUUCCCUUUUUAUAUGGAUACGUAACCUGCAAUUUAUGGAAGUAGUAGUCAGAUACUGCAUAAACCCAAUUAUCUCCAGGCAGAAAAACACAAAUUUUGCAAAACCCCAAAAGUACCCCAAAAACACAUGAUACAAAUGUUAUAUCCCAUGAUAGCCCUGAUCGGGGUGACCGACAUAUCAAAAAUCACCCAGAUCAGUUCAGGGGUUCAGGAAUUUCCUGGAAGUCAUUUAUUUGACCGACCGCAGGCAUGGUCCCAUGCCCAAAACAGUUCCAGAGAAUCAGGGCUUGCGGUCGGUCUAGUUCGGUAGUUUAAAAAUGAACAAACUACCGAACAGAGUCAAUAAUCUUGGAGCUUUUUUCCUUCAUCCAGACGAAUAAUCCCACCGAACAGUGCCCUUCUAAGUUGAAUAUGACAGAAUGCAGACGAUGAUGGAAGUCCAGCAGUGUUCGGGAGUUUCUGUAUCCGAUUUUAGUUCCAGGUGAUUCAUGCCCAAACACCGCUGCCAGCGUCCAUCCGAACAAGAUGGCCGCCACCUCGUGGUUGUCUAUAGGAAUUGUGGCCACCCAGACAAACAAUUAGAACACUGCGUGAGAAACGUUUCAAGUUAAUAGGUGUUAACAAUCUCCAGGAUGGUCUCUGGUUCGUGCGGUUGUUCGUUAAUUUGAAGUGCCGUUUCGAAAGUUCAAAGUGUGGCCAUAUAACUCCAAAAAGGCACAAUCAGAGAAGUUUACAUUAACUUUUUUUUCUAUUGGUGGGGCUACGUUGUUGGGUCUCCAUAGAGCUCAGUGUUCUACUCUUGAGCACGCGUGAGCGUACCGCACUGAUGUUCCUGGUUGCUGAAGCGUCAGGAGCCAAAGAGACCUGCAGUUUUAACAUCCUCGAGGGACAGCUGGAGGUAGAUAAAACUCGCUUCCCUUGCAGUCAUCAAGCAGCUUUCACUCCGGCUUAAAUCCAUUCAGGCUCAUUAAAAAAAAAGUGCACAUUGUUAAAUACAGGGUUAUUCAUCAAUUAAUUUUUGCAGUCCGAAUGACCCUGUAUGCAGCCGAAUGGUUUUACAUUCAGUUUGGGCCUAUUCAGACUGCAAAAUCCGGACAUUUAUAGUAGAUUUCAUCAAUGUCUGGAUUUUGUAAAUCAGGCCUGAAUUUGGUCUGGUUUCCAGCCAGGCUGAAAUCUGGGGAAUAUGGAAAAUCCAGGCUCAGAGUUUUUUUUAAAUAGUUAAAAGCCCUCAGCACAGCAAGUGUUAAUUAUGUGGUGGCUGGCCAAUGCUUGAUAGCCACCUGCCACAUUUACAAAGUAAAAUAAAUACUAUGUGGUUCAACAAGACUUCCAUAUGACUAUAAUGGAGGUAAUUAAGUUACAAGAGAGACAUAGUCACCCUUGUGUCCCAUCUGCGCACAACAGGUAGGGGCUACAUUAGAUUUUUAAGAGGGGGACCUAUUGUCCCAUCCUGUGGCUCCCACCCAUUGCAAGCAGAUGGGGGUCAUAAUGCCAAAGAAUUGAUUUAAACGUGUGAGAAAAAAAAAACAUUUUUAAAUAUUUUUUUUCUCAAAAAUUAUACAUUUGCUAUCAAAACUGCUAGCACAAUGUAUAGCCAAAAUCGUAUGCUCUUUCAAAAGAGUAUACGUAAAACACCAAAAACUGGACUACAGGUAUCCCUUACGUUAAUACCUCUGUAAGGAAAUGUGGUUAGCGGGAGGUGCAAAAAGAGCAAGAGGUAGGGGAGACUUAAGUCCAACGCUGGUCACAGGAUUUUUUUUGUCUGUUUCUCUCCUAUUCUCCCAUAGAGACAACAAACAUAGUUAUUUUCCAAAGUAAGAAUUCAAGGUGAAAUCAAAGUGAAUUUCCAAUGUAAAGUAAAAACUGUUGAAAGGGAGAGAUUCUCUCUUUCAGCUAUGCUUACAGUUCGGCUUCUCUGGCCUUAAAUCUGAAAUUCACUUUGAAUUCUCACUUUAGUGACUAACCCUGAUGGAUUCAUACUAAUACAGCAGGAACUGUCUCCAAAAUUUGCUAAAUCCAUUUGAUUCCCUGAAAUUUGAGUAGAUAUACUGCAUCUCCAGCAUUCACUGAUACACCUUCUGAUGAAUGCCAUUGUUCUACAGUACUGUUCAGCAAAGUGUUAAAAGUAUGGCUUUCACUCCAUACAGCACUUACUGAGUAGCCAUUAGCUUAUAAUACAGCAGAUUGCAGGGGGUGUUUGUAGACUUGCCUGUACGCUAUCACACAUCUUGUCAAGCACUUGGGUACAAGCUGCCAAGUCUAAUCUCUUCUUGGAAUACUGAGUAAAAGAUGGAAAAAGAACACAUUUAAUGUGAAAAUAAUGGAUUUUGCUCUGAUUAGCUUCUGAGCUAAGUUACGGUUAGUAAAGAAUCACAAAUCUGUAUGUAUUAAAAUGCAUUGAAAAUGAAGAUGCCAGGAAUCCUUGAUAAUUAAUUAAGUCUGGAUGUUAGAUCAAUAAAAUACUUUGUACGAAAAUUUUUAAAUAUUAAACUAAAAAUAUAAAUUUGCUCACACCCAGCCCUACAUUGUUUUACAUAAAAGAACUUAAAAGGAAACUAUAGUGCCAAAAUUAUUAUAUAUUUUUAAUUUGUUUAAAUUUGUUCCUGGCAUCAUUUUGAGCUCUGUGGUUUGAAGCCAACGAUAAAGAGUAGUCAGGUAAAGAGUGCUGAGGUCUGAAACCAGAGUGAGGAACUAGGAUGGAGGGUUGAUCUGUAAAUAUAGUCAGGACUGGAGAGCCAAGGUUAGAAGAAAACGAUGAAGGACAAAGUUGAGAUGUUGGUCCGAGAGCAUAGUCAGGUUAAAGAACCGUGGUCAGAAGCAAAUGAUGAUGGAGAAUAACUGGACAGAUUACCUUGGGUACAUACGAACUGAGGUUUUAAAGUAAGGUUGUUACACACAUGCUAUACAAUAUCAGAGAGACUCUAUAAUGGACUAUGGCAGAAUCCUGCAGUGCCCCCUCCCUCCCGCCCCCCCAUCCCAUGUUGCUGAAGGGGUGAAAACCCCUUCAAUGACUUACCUGAAUCCAGUGCCGAUGUCUCUCGGCGCUGGGUCAGGCUCCGCCCAUGCUCCUCCCCCGCCAACAUCAGCCGGCAGGGGAGACCUAAUGCGUAUGCAUGGCAAUGGGCACGUGCGCGUUAGUCUUCCCCAGCAUCCCCGGAAUCACCAAUGCUUUCCUAUGGGGAUUCCGGGGAUGCUGGAGGUACUCAUGUAUAGUGUGAGGACGUCCAGCGCUGUUUAAAACGCUUUUGGUGUUUUAAAAACCCGGAAGUCCCUCUAGUGGCUGUCUGAUAGAUCAUCAUCUAUAAUAGCACUCAAGAUAAUUGGUCCGAAUUACUACCAUGGGCCGAGUUUGCUAGGAACAAUGCUGACCAUGACUCCUCAGGACUUAGCCCAUUUUUUGUGCUUCCGGCUGUUUUUUCUGAAAUGGCUAUCCCUGCUGUAGAUGACGCCUCACCUCCAUUCAUGAUACUUGGGCCAAAGUUCACUCCGCUCUGGAAACUGAUGCUCACCGUUUCAAACAUUAUGCUGAUAAACGGCGAGGUGCCAACCCUGUUUACCAAGUGGGUGAGAGGGUUUGGUUAUCAUCACGCAACAUCAAGCUUAAAGUCCCUAGCAUGAAGUUUGCUCCUAGAUUCCUUGGCCCAUUUCGUAUCUUUCGUGGAAUUAAUCCUGUCUCGUAUUCUUUGGCUCUCCCUACUUCCUUGCUGAUUCCGAAUACAUUUCAUGUCUCUUUGCUCAAACCGCUUGUUUUCAAUAGAUAUACUGUCCCAAGUGUUCCCCCUCCUCCUUUGGUUGUUUCUGGACAGGAGGAGUAUGAGGUCUCCUCCAUAAUUGAUUCCAGAUUUUCUCGGGGCACUUUACAAUAUUUAGUUGAUUGGAAGGGGGCCUGCCGACCGUUCUUGGGUUCCGGCCUCUGACAUACAUGCUGGCCGCAAGAUCCGCCAUAUUCAUGCCAAAUUUCCUCUCAAACCUGGUCCUGUCCACCCGGUGGGCGGUCUUCAGGUGUAACAUGCUAUCCCUCACCUUGCCAUGUCUGCACCCAGCGGCCAUGCAUCUGCAUAGCUGACACUUGCAGCAUGUUAAUAGAUGCUGGCUGCUGUGGAUCCUCGGCAAAUUAUACCCCCACGUCUGACCACGUUACUGAUGACAUUGGCGUGCACGUGAUGUCACGCGGGAGCCGCGUGCGCAUGGUUUGGGGUCAAAGAUCGAUCUCAGCCAAUCGGAAAGCAUGUAUUUGAGUUCUAAAUUACCUUUCCUCAUUGCCCUGUCGUGGUUUCCCUAGUGGUUGUCCAAGAGUGCGUUCCUGAACAGUUAUAUUCUGUUUUUUGACUUUGGCUUCGUUUUUAACUUCCCUGCAUUCUGGUAUCCCCUCCUCCCGUUUUACUUUAAUGUUGUAUCUCUUUUCUGGAUCCCCUGACCUCGGCAAGUAUCCUGACUAUUCUUUGGUACAUUCAUUCAGGCCAUUCUAAGGCCCAGUAAUACAUUACCUAUUAGUUCUCUGUGUGACACGUGCUGGAUCAAGUAGUAAUCCUGACAGACUUCAAAUAUAUAAAUAUGUACAUAUAUUUAAAUGCUACGUGCGUAUUUAUUUUUUACAUAAUUAAGUAAUUUUAUUGAUUGCAAUUUGAGGGACCUGCUUUUCACCCAGGCCGAAAGUCCAGAGAAUUUAAUUUGGUAGCAGUAUAUUUAACUCUGUUACUUUCUAUGACACCCUAAAACCUGUACAUGGGGGUUACUGUUUUACUCGGGAAACUUCGCUAAACACAAAAAUUAGCAUUUCAAAACAGUAAAACAUAUCACAGCGAUGAUAUUGUCAAUAAAAGUGACGUUUUUCCAAAACAGCACUUUCACUUAUGAUAUAAUUGUUAUGAUACGUUUUACUGUUUUGAAACACUAAUAUUUGUGUUCAACAAAGUCUCCCGAGUAUAACAGUAAGCCAUGUACAGGUUUUAUAGUGUUUUUGAAAGUUACAGGAUCAAAUAUAUGGUCAAAUUGUUUUACAUUGAAAAUUGCCAGAUUGGUUAUGUUGCCUUUGAGAGCGUAUGGUAACCCAGGAAUGAUAAUUACCCUCAUGAUGGCAUACCAUUUGCAAAUGAAGACAACCCAAGGUAUUGCAAAUGGGGUAUGUUCAGUCCUUUUUGGUAGCCACUUAGUCAAAAACACUGGCCAAAGUUAGCGUUCAUAAUUGUUUUUUGCAUUUUAACACACAAACAAAUAUAAAUGCUAACUUUGGCCAGUGUUUGUGACUAAGUGGCUACCAAAAAGGACUGGACAUACCCCAUGUUGAAUACGCUGUGUUGUCUAAUUUGAUAAAUAUGUAAAUUUGAGGUGUGAUUCAGAGAUUUAUGACAGAUAACAGUGUUACAAUGUCACUAUUGAUACAUUUUAAAAAUAUAUAUUUUGAAACAGCAAUUUCCUAUUUGUACUUAUAGCCUUAUAACUUGCAGAAAAAGCAUGUAAACACUGGAUGUUUUUAAACUCAGUACAAAAUUUUAAAUCUAUUUAGCAUUUUUGUUUUCAAUUUUUCACCAUAUUUUAUUAUUUUUUUUAAAGUAAAUUAUAUGACAUGAUACAAAUAAUGGUAUGUAAAGAAAGCUCUUUUUGUCCUGAAAAAAACAAUAUAUAACUUGUAUGGGAACAGUAAAUGAGAGAGAGGAAAAUUACAGCUAAACACAAACACCACAAAAGUGUUAAAACAGCCCUGGUCUUUAACGUACAACGUGGCCAAAACAGUCCGGUCCUGAAGGGGUUAAUUAAGCAGUCUUUAUGUAUAGAUCAUGCUCCUGCAGUCUCACUGCUCAAUACUCUCCCAUUUAGGAGUUUAAUCUCCUUUUUUAUGCACGAAAUGUUUUUAGGUUUCAAUCAGAUGUUAACUUGCUUUAGACAUUUUUAUCUCCUUCUCUGGAAACUCAAGACCAGUUGAUUUAGUACUAUUGGUAGGGAUUAUGCUGCCAAUUUUCCUGAGAGUAAGUUGUUGAGAACCAUUUGUUCAUGUCAUUUCAGUAAAAUAUAAGGACUGGAGAUGGUAAAGAAGGUCUUUGGAGCAAAGUAAAUUGGUCAAGUUGUUAAACAGAAAAAGGAAAUAGGCUGAAUUGGUGAUGCCUAUAAUGUGCCUAGAGGAAGGUGCUACUAUUUCUGUAAAUAGAGAAAGACCUAACGAGAUGUAAUAGAGUCACAGUGGUAAAUUGUAAUAUGGUCGGGCAAUGCAGAAAGGACACUUGGUAGGUAACAGGAAGUUAAGAUGGCAUGGUGGCCAGUGUUGUUAUAUAUUUAAACUUGUUCUUGUUCUUGAAAUGUGUAGCAUGUUCAUUAAGAUUGAAUAGUAAGUGUGAGAAUGAAGAUUGGAGUUAAAAGUUGUGAAGAGCAUUAGUAGGUUGUCUUAAAAUUAGGCCAAUAGUUUGAAGAAGUAGAAUUAUUUUGUGAAGUAAAGCGCAGAAUUAUAGUGUCACAUAGACCUAAAUGAUGAAAUCCUCUUGCCAUUUGGAUUUUUAUAAAUUUCACGUUUUGCAGGGUGGUAACAUUGUGUUUAAUAGUUUUCAUUUUGUUUAUUAGGGCAGAUUUCUUUAUUGCUCUGAGUGACAUUUGCAGAAGGGACACUUUGGUUUAGUGCUGAAGAAAGAGUGUUGUUAAAAUAAUAUGCUGCUAAAUAUUGACAGGAAAAUGUCAUUAAACAAGGAGGGAACAUGUUUCAAUGAAUGUGAGGACUGAGCAAGGUCAUUACUUACCAGCUGUUGAUAAAUACAAGUAGAGAUGGGUGUGUCUCAGAUGUUAUAGAAGGAUGGGUGAAAUUACUGAAGAUGUAUGUUGAUAUUCCCUAAUUCCUUAGAUGUUUAACCCCAGGCUAAAAUGUACCAGACCUUGUGAGAUCAACCACUUUUUUCCCUUUAGGAGACUCCUAUGUAUUUUCUGACACUUUUCCUUUUAUAUAUAUAUAUAUAUAUAUAUAUAUAUAUAUAUAUAUAUAUAUAUAUAUAUAUAUAUACUGGUGUAGAUAAGAUUUAAAUAUGAGUUUAUUGCUCUGUGAUUCUUUCUGGUACUGUUUGUCUGCCGAAUCAGUAUAGCUACUUAGUAUCUUCCGAUUGUAUUAUUUUCCUAAUCUCUCCUUAGUACUUCAGUGAUGGACUUAGGGCCUAAGAAUCAUUGCACCCAGUGGCACAUUCUAAUGCAGGGGGCUCCAGUAAGCUUGAGGUCUGCACCUCCAUAUUCAUUCCCUUCUGGGGUGGAUAAAAGUAUUGCUGUGGGUUACUAUGUUAACUCUCUGAUUCAUUACCAAGUGCUGACCAAAGGGAGCAAUGAAUGUGGUUUGCUCCCCCUGGAGUUGCUGACCAGAUAGCACUCCACCAGGUAUCAACUACCUGUCUCCCCUCCCCUCCAAAGUAACCUAGUGGGAUGGAGGAAUAAACUUUAGGUGUUUUUUUUUAUUUACGCACACACCACUGCAAUCUGCAUCCUCACAAAACCCACAAUACCACAAGCAGCAUCCUAACAAACACGGAACACCACAUUCAGAAUCACCACAGACAUGUAACACCACAUGCAAUGUCCCUCUAGACAUGCAACACAUGUAGUGCCCCACAGACAUGCAAUACCAGAAGCUAUCUCCACACACAGAGAAAAUACUCAGGCGGCAUAUGUCCACAUACACAACACCACAAGUAAUCUUCCCCUGCACAUCAUCCAUACACAACACCACAGUCAGUCUACAUACACACAACACAAUCUCCGAGCACUGUCUCUUUUUUUGUCUUCAGAAAUACAACGCCCCACAUUCACACAUUGGUUCUCCAUAUAAAUACACCCCCACAUUUGCACACUAACACUUCCCAGAAAUACAUUUCCCACAUGAGGGCUAAUUGGAAGAGGGGUAAUGUGAUUGUUGGUGAUAAGCAUAGCCGCCAUCAGAAGGUGACAGCCAGUACUCAGUAAGUGAACUGGUCGAUAAGUGGGAUCCAUAUAUAAGGGACUGCAUUGUAGAAUUCUGUAGAAUUGUAGAAUUCCUUAAUGGACUGCACUAAUUGUCCUUCUUCACUCUUGAGCAGCAGUACUGGGAGGAAGGGGUGUUGGAUCAUUUGCUUCCAGUAUUAAUGGAAGCUACUUGUUGGCUGCCCUGUUCCAACUUAAUCCACACUGGACCCCAGGAAGCCAUACUUCAGCUGCACAAUAGCAGCUAAAAUGUAGAGUGGCUAGCUAAAAUUUCUGUUUUAAUGUGUGUAUGUAGAGUGUAUGUGUGUGUGUACUAGUGCUUGUGUAUAGCAGAUCCUGUAUAGUGUGUUUAGCAAUGUAGCUGUGUGUCUAGCAGUGUGUUUAUUAGUGGGAUUUACUUUGCAUAUUUAGCAUAAUGCAGCAAUGUGUAUUUGUGUGUAUGGCUGGCUGUGUGUAUUGGGUAUGUGUGUGCACCUGGCAGUGUGUAUCUGUGUGUCCCAUUGUCCGUUACUGUAUAUCUGUGUGUGUAUCCUCCAGAGGUGUGGAAUGCUCAUCUGACAACUGGGACAGUUUCUUCUCCCUUUAGCCCUCUCAUGGGCAUGUAACAGGGCUACUGCAGGAGGACAUGGGUGGAGAAGAGAGCAUCUGAGCUGACUGCACCUCCAGUGGGCUGAGACCAUAGUAAUUGCUUCUUAGCUAGAACUGUCCUACAAACUCCUAUACUGCAGAAAGCUAAGCAGGAGGGUGGAAAAAACACAUAAACACACGACACACAGCCAGCACACAAACACAUUGCACACUUCCUGCAUGCACACACAUUGCACAGUGCCUGCAUACACACACUCUACUCAUAGCCUGCAUGCACGCACAAUGCACACAGCCUACAAAUAUUAUACACAGUCACCACACAUCCAUACACACAUUGUGUUUGUGAUGUCUAGGUGGGAGUGGGAGAUUAUGAGGGGCACAGGAAGACACACUCAGUGUAACACCAUUGAAAAACUGAGACAAAAUGUUGUGAUUAUAGCAGAGCUGCAGAGCUGGAGAAUUUUUUUCCAGAUAAGCUUCUUUUGUUUCAGUUUUAAAUUUGAAUUUGCAAAAAAUUCUGUGUUUAGUGAAUUUCCAGGGAUCUAAGCAGCUGUGGCAAACUGAAUCUGAAAUUCUACCCGUGUACCACUCACUGUUAUAAAAGGAUAUGUCUCACAUUGUUUUGAAAUGUUUCAACCCAGCCUUCACCUUUUAUGCAGCUUUUAAUAAAAACGUGUAUUUUUAUUUGCCUUACCUACUGCCCUCCCCAACCACCACACAUACCAUUCUGAUCAUUCACUUCUUUUGCAAUGAGAAGCAUCUGAUUAGCAGAGUGCAAUGAGAAGCAUUGGAUCCAACAAACUUUAUGAAAGCUGAAGGCAGGAGGUGGAGUGGCUGCUACAAGGUGACUCACCUGGCUCUUGAUUUAAAGUAAAUUUUAUGGCGUUUUAAAAAUAUUUUAAUCUCUAAGGGUGGGGCUGAGUCUAAAUAGACCAAGGAACACUAUAACAUUAAAAAUAAAUAUCAAGCUUGAUGAUCUCACUGUAGGGCAUUCGGACUACAGUGAGGAGUCUGUUCCAGGAGGCCGUUUGCUAAAUCUAGUAAAGAAACACAUUUAACAAAAAAUAUAUAUCUAUAAAUAUAUUUAGUUUUAAUUCAUUCGUGUGUUUCUUUAAGACACACUCAAUUUUCCAACAAAUUGUUCAGUGAGUCAUAUUCUUCUCUUAAGAUUGUUAUUCACUUCGUGCAGCGUGUUCAAAGAACUUAGCGUGCUUAAAGGGAAACUCCAGUGCCAGGAAAACGAUUCCUGGCACUGCAGGUUCCCUCUCACCCCCCAAUCCCUGGUUGCUGAAGGGGUAAAAACCCCUUCAGUAACUUACUGCGGCAGCGACGAUGUCCCACGUCGCUGCUUCCUCCUCCUCCUCCGCCGCUCCUCCUCUGCAGUGCGUUGGCCGGUGGGCGAGACUGAUCCCGCCCACCGGCCGGGGAAACCUAAUGCCGCGCAUUAGCGCUCCCCAUAGGAAAGCAUUGAAAAUGCAUUUCAAUGCUUUCCUAUGGGGAAAUGAGCGAUGCUGGAGGUCCUCACAUAGAGUGAGGACAUCCAGUGACGCUCUAGCACAGGAAGUGCCCUCUAGUGGCUGUCUAUUAGACAGCCACUAGAGGUGGAGUUAACCCUGCAAGGUAAUUAUUGCCGUUUAUAAAAAACUGCAAUAAUUACAAUUGCAGGGUUAAGAGUAGUGGGAGUUGGCACCCAGACCACUCCAAUGGGCAGAAGUGGUCUGGGUGCCUGGAGUGUCCCUUUAAGUAGAAACACUCUUUAACAGUUUAAUUAUCCGCAUGUAUUUUUAUUACAGCACUUACACCAUUAUAAAUUGGGAGUUUUACCUUCUCCAAGUUAGGAAGAUGUGUUAUGUUUCUGUGGAAUGAAAUAUACAAAGUACUCUUUUUCUUGUAAUUUGAUUACUUUCUUCUUUACUUCACAUGGACAAUGCAUAGUAUAUUCUCUCACUGUUACUGUAAGGGGACAGAAGGACUUUAAUGGUCUCUUUGUAGCCAAUUUUAAAUGUAUCACAUAUGCAAAGGAUAAUGUAAAGAUUACAAUAAAUGAAUAAAAUUAGACACAGACGAGACAUAAAGUAAAGUGACAAUAAAGUAAAGUAUAUUUUUAUAGUGAGUUUUAUUGCCUUGGUUCAGCAGAAUUUAUGCUUUUCAAACAUAAAAUCAAACAAAAAGUGCAGAUAUAUGACCGAGUGUCUUUCAUUAGGAUUAAAGAUAAAUUCACAUUAAUUGGUUUAUUUCGCAUUUUGCUGGCAAGUCUGUACACGUAGCUGUUUAUGUACCAGUCUGCAGCAUUUGACGUUUAUACAUAAAGCCCAAUUGUCCCUGGUUUCAGUGGGACAGAUGUUUGAAAGUGUCCUUAAUAAUUCGUCUAAAAGUCCAAUACAAGUGCAAAGUUGAGCACAUUCACAGCUGCUCACAAACACCUAAAGCGUGUGUUUUAUGUCAGGUUCCACAAAUGUGCAUCCAGUGUACACUUUGUUCAUACCAGGAUCUUUACUGUAUUUCACUGAUAUGACUUGUGUGAAGUGAAGUUCAUAACUGAGACUUACCCUAUAGACUAAAGCCUACACCUUCGGCACUCCAGAUGUUGUGGACUACAUCUCCCACCAGGACCGGCGCUAUCAUAAGGCAUUUGCCUAGGGUGCCAACCUGCAGGGGGUGCCCACCAGGAGGUUUCCUGGUGGGCUGCCCUGCUGCUGUGAGUGGCUGGAGCACUGGGUGAGCCACCCCUCCUUAGCCUUCCCCCAGCACAGCAAUUCACCUGCUGGGCUCCCUCUGCUGCCAAUUACCUGCUCAGGGAGCGGGGUAUCUGUAACCCCAGCUCCCAAGCAAAGCACUCUGCUUCCUGCAGACAGGGGAAGCUGGGACAUGACCUGGUAUCCCGGCUGCCCCCUGUUUGUGGACACCAGAAGCACUCUGAGGGGAACAGGAAGUAGCCUGUGCUUAGAGUGCACGACUCUUCUGCUCCCAAGCAGAAAGAGCAACUUCCUGCAGCCUGGACCUCUUCUCCUCUUCAAAGCACCCAGGUAGGCUAAGGGGGAUUGUUUAUUGUAUGAAUGGUUGUAAAUUGGUGUAGGUGGGUGUGUUAAAUUGCUGUGUUUGUGUGUGUGUAAAUAAAGUGUGACUUUAUUUAAAGUUGUGUGUUUGACUGUGACAGUGUGUGUUAGUGAGAGUGUGCAAGUGACAGUGUGUGUGUGUGUGUUAGUGAGAGUGUGCACAUGACAGUGUGUAUGUCAGUGAUUGUGUGUGUAUGUGUGUUAGUGAGAGUGUGAGUGUUAGUCAGAGCAUGCAAGUGACACUGUGUUAGUGAGAGUGUGCAAGUGACACUGUGUGUGUGUUAGUGAUAGUGUGCAGACAACACUGGGUGUGUAUGACAACACUGUGUGUGUAUGUGUAUUAGUGACAGUGUGUGUGUGUGUGUGUGUGUUAGUGAGAGUGUGCAGGUGUGAGAGUGCAAGUGACUGUGUGAGUAUGUCAUUGAUUGUGUGUAUAUAUGCGUGUUUAGUGAGAGUGUGUGUGUGUUAGUGAGAGUGUGCAAGUGACACUGUAUGUGUGUUAGCGAGAGUGUGCAAGUGACACUGUGUGUAUGUCAGUGAUAGUGUGUGUGUUAGUGAGAUUGUGUAAAUGACACUAUGUAUGCCAUUGAGUGUGUGUGUUAAUGAGAGUGUGUUGGUUAGUGAGAGUGUGUAAGUGACACUGUGUAUGUCAGUGAGCGUAUGUGUUAGUGAGAGUGUGUCUCUUUUCCCCCUAAAUGCGUACUCACUGUCUCUCUCCUAAAUGUCUCCAAGUCUCUGUUUCCUAAAUAUCUCAACAGCCUCUCUAUCCUUUACCUAAAUGCCUCCCCAGGCUAUUUCCGUUCUCUAAAUUUCUCACCGUGCAUCUGUUUUAACUUCAUGGGACAAUAUAGGCAUCCAGACCACUUCAGCUUAUUGAAGUGGUCUGGAAGCACUAUCCCAGGGCCCUUAACCCUGCAAAAGUAAUUAUUGCAGUUUUUAAGAAACUGCAAUGAUUACCUUUAAGGGUUAACUCCACCUCCAGUGGCUAUGCAUGGGGACGUCCAGCGUCACGCAAAACCCCAUAAGAAAGCAUUGUAUCAUUGGGUAAAUCCUUAUGCAGCCAUUGAGGAGCGAAGGUGGACCAGAGCCAGUGCUGAGGGACAUUGGCGAUGGACCCGGGUAAGUGUCAGAAUAGGUUUUUAUUGCCUUCUUCAACAUGGGGGAGAGCUAUAGGGCUACAACUGUGGAAGACACGAGGCAUUGUACUAACCUCAAGAUAAGGGGUGUCCCAAAGGGGGUACCGACAGCUGAGUUGUCACACCUCUUAGGAAGGCUAUCACCAAAGCAUGUUAAGCAAAUUGUGGUGGAUGGGGUAUUCCAGAUCCCUAAACUUAAGAGGGCUCCAGAAGGGGUGCCCAGAGAUACCAUAGUGAAAUUCCAAAACAGCAGCGACAAGGCGACGGUACAAGAAGCACUCAAGGAAAAAUCCCCCAAUGUAUUCGAAAAUAUGGCUCUAACCUUCUACAUCGACCUCUCUGGGGGCACUCUACUGUGGCGGAGAUCCCUGCAGGCUUUUACCACUCUCCUUAGGAACAAAAAAAUCCACUACAGAUGGUGGCUGUCCCGCACGCUCCUAGUACAGCAUGGAGAAUUCUCUUACCCAGUCCACGACAUGCAGGAAGCAACAGCACUCCUAGACACCCUAGGCCUCCUGCGGGAAGCUUUGCAGAGUAAUGGGCCUCGAUGGGGCAACUGCACAGGUACACGUAUGGGGCCCAGUGAGAAGUACUCCAUUUGUUCCGCAACAAACCUCACAGGACCCUUGAGCUAUGGUUACUAUCUGAGGCGAACAUCACUCACACACGAACCUGUUAACAUAGGGGUUCUAUGUUUUCUUUAACAUAGGGGUUCUUUACCGUUCUCUGUAACAAUUCUUUUGGUUUUUGGUUUAAUACCUUAUGUUUUGUAGAUAAAUGUUUAUAACGCACUGAGCGUCUCAUAAGGACGAUUCCUCCCCCCCCCACAUUAAUUCAGUGGCCGUUAAAUAGACACCCGAUCUAUUUCAAAGUGACGCAUAAUCAUUUCAUAUAAGGAAGUAGAAAAAUGGGGGCACUACAGAGAUAUGUACAAUUAAAUAUAAGCAAGUAGUAAUAUAGAAAUAAACAAUGAUAUAUAAUAUAGAGAGAGAACAAUAAAAAAAGAAUAGGUUUAUAUAUACAUAUAUAUAAAGAACAAAUGAUACAAAGGUGCACUCCUGGACUAAAUAGCAUUUUUUUCAAUUUAUUGUGCAAAAAGUAACGACCAACGUUUCAACCUAGUCAGGUCUUUUUUUUUUUUUUUUUAAAAGACCUGAAUAGGUCGAAAUGUUGGUCAUUCCAUAAUUUUUUCUUUAUAUAUUUUGCGAGUUUGCACCCUGACCGAACUCAUCUUUUUUGGUGUGUAUAUAUAUAUAUAUAAAAACAGUCCAAAAAGAGUCCAGUAAAACCCUGGGAUGAGAGAACAAUCACAGUUCUAUCUGAGGUAGAGGCAUCUAUGGAGUAGUGGGAUCCGAAUGAAAGAGAAAAGAAAAUCUAAUAGUGCAAUAAAACCCAAAUAGGUAGCAACCAAUAAAAAAGGUCUAUAUGGUGCUUUAUGUGAGCUAAAACCUAGCUCUAGUAUAAACAGUGUACAGUGGUAUAAUCCUCACUUAUGGGAUACGCGAGGGAGUGUUGUAAGUAGAAAUCUCGUCAGAUGGGGACCAUAUGUAACAUAAAAUACAACAAUAAUGCUCACUGUGAUAAAACCAGGAGAGUGUAUAUAAAUACCAAAUGGUUACUCACAUUUAAUUGGGUAGACACACUGCUCAAUGAUAGGGCAUAAGUCGUGUAAUCCCCACCAAGGAUGCUUUGGAGUAGUAGUAGUAGUAAAUAAUAAAAAUGGUAAAAAAAGAUAAAAUGGCUAACUCACAAAAAAGAAAGUGGCCAAAAUACCUUUAUUAAAAUACAGUUAGUUAAAAUUAUUACCCAAUCCCCUGAAUCCACACUACUAUUAACAUAACACUUAAAAUUGUGCAAUGUAUAUGAUGUGCCAUGAAAAUUGUAUUGUAUAUUUGUUGAACUGCUGGUUACAGCUGUCGUGGCUAGGCAAGCCUAUCUGUCAGUCUUUGCACACCAAAAAUAAAGAAUUUAAAAAACAAAAAACAUAUGAAAGGUGCUUUCCUGUAGUACGUAUGUAAACCUUUUUUUUUUUUCAUACCGGUAUGAUUGCAGGAACAAUUUAUAAAUUACCAUUUAUUAUUUUCAUUUAGGUUUCGGUAGGCGAUGGUAUUUUGUGAAGGUUAUACAUACAUACCCUUUAGAGUAGAUUAUGAAAAUUAGAUUUCUAGCAAAAACCUAUACUUCCAAUGUUAAAGAAACUCACCAAGCACCAUAACAACUACAGAAGCUUGUUGUGGUUAUGAUCUGAGGAGUGUCCUGCCCCCCCACUCCCGCCUCCCCCACCUAUUGUAAGGAGGCAAACCAUUCUAGAAUGGCUUGUCUUCCUACAUAGGAUCUGCUGGGCACCCCUAUUAACAGUAUUUUGAAAGAGGGACAAUUGGGGACCUUUCAACAGGUCCGCCCUGAUACCUGAAUCCUAAAGACUCCAACAUUAAUUUUACUUGCCAUAAAAUAGCAUGGUAUGGAAUAAUACUGGGUGGGCAGUUUUCUAAAUAUACAUUCAUAUCAUUAACACUCAUACUACCAUGCAAAAAAUUGCUUUCAAAUAAGAUACACGUAUCUGUUAACAAAUAUAGUAUGAAGAUUAUUUAUUUUGGAGUAUGACUGCUACAAUAGGAAGGUAUUUGCUUGUAUUGUUUAAAUUCAAAUUUACAACAUUUUUGCAGGGUUACAAAAAAUGAUACUUGUUAUUUCUAAAAAUCCCAGAUUACACCAAAUACAAAUGUAAAUAAAGCCAUUGAACAUUGUGACGGAGAGUUCUUAAUAAAUAGAUUUUAUUUCUCAAAAGGAUUCUUUAUUUGGUCAGAGUUUCAGUCUAAAAGGAAUAUUAUGAUCAAAGACAGUUUGUAUGAGAAAAAAAUGUGACGUUUAUUUCUCAUAAAUCGCUUUCCUUUUACCAGGAAACCACUAUUUUUGGACCUCAUGUUUUUGGAACUGCUUGUAAAUGUCACAGAUGCUAUUGGCUGUUUGCCACUCAUUAAUUCAAAGAAUAAAACAGGACUGUGUGUUGAAGCUUAGAUAUCUUGGUUCUCAUCCCUUUUUCCACAAGAGCCCAAGUUAAGUACAUGUUGUUAGCAUGGACACAUUAUUUAAUUACAUUAUUUAAAAUAAAACUUGCCCAGCAAUUUCAUUAUGCUCUUCAUGUCAUAGGUGUUUCAAUUGCAUUGUGGGAAGGUGGUGCUGAUACUGUAGCCAUUAAUUGUGGGCAGUUGCAAAGGAGCUUAUUAAUGAGCCUAUUUCAUCAAUUAUUGUUCCAUGGAAAAUAGCCCAGAGUACUUUACCAGUGGUAGAGAGCCACUCCAAUAUGGGAUUUCAGGAAAUAAAUGGCUAUUGCAUCUUCAACAAGCUUCUCUAUUUUAGUGCAGACUUGUUCUUAUGAACCAUGAGUCAUAAUGACUGACUGACUGAAUUUAAGAAGAAUUCUGAUAUUCAAAAAUGCAGUUUUUAUUUGAGAUUGAGUAAUCUUCAUUACGUUUGUACUCUACUGUAGAGCUUUUAUAUGUUUAAUGGUUUGUUUUCUAGACAGUGAAUUGACUACCAAAUUAAACAAAAUAUAGCAUACUUGCACAAGUUAUAUAACUUUCCAUCUUGGUUAAAUUGUGUACUUAAAAUUCUGUUUUGAUAAUAGCAACAUACAUUGCACAUUUGCAAAGGCUUUGCAACAACUGUUCUCAUUGGACAGCGCAUGCAAAAAACAGCUUUCAGGAGAGAUUCUUUUCUCUUUUACAAUUACACACAUUAAACUAAUUCAUUACCAGGAAACCUGCCAAAAUUGUAUUCACAAUAGUUAUAUUGUAAUAUUUUACUACAUAUUACUUAAUGAUACGUUUUCUGAUUACCACUCCAUAUGCAUGGUGUGCAGAUGAACAGUUCAAUGUGUAGAAAGCAACCUUACUAGUGAUGUUCCAUGAAACCUAAUUUUAUACAAAGUUAAGUUUUCCUUAAUUGCAAACUGACCUAAUCAGUAAAAUGUGUUUUGGGGUAUUCAAAUAUACAUAUUUGUUUGUUUGUUUUUUACUUUUUUUUUUGCAGGUUCAAUUGUAGCAAGCAAUAGCUAAAAAUAUUAAACAUGUCGAUUAGAAAAGACUUAGAAAAAUACCGCGAUGUUGAUGAGGAUGAAAUCUUAAAAAGGCUGACGGAAGAUGAAAUUAGAGCACUAGAAGGAGAGUUGGAAGAAUUAGACCCAGAUGUAGGUAUUUUUUUAAUUUUAUAGGUAAAAAAUGCAAAGUUUACAAAACAGGGUUUAAGACCCAUAACAAAAUUAUUAGUGUUGUCUUUUCAUAAUCGAAUCAAAACAUAGUGCAUGUUAAAAAAAACCACUGGCCUUUACGAUUUUUACCAUAUAUACUAAUGGGACCAAACUUACCACUAACCAUUUAAUAUGCUGUGCCCUUUUGUGUAACUGGUAAUUCUUCAUGCAAUCUUUACAUGUAAAAAGGUUACUGCACCCCAGUUAGCAGAACCAAGUGAAAUAGACUAUAAAGAUAGAAUGUUUGAACAGAUCGAUAAAAAAAUUAAUUCAGACCUGUCUUGGGUCAGCCAUAACCAAAAUACGUCUGAAUAACUGUGUUCUGCUCCAUUGGACUGAUGUCAGUACGCAGGCUCCAAAGCACAGCAUGAUGCCAUACUGCAAUCCAAAUCCUGAAUACCAGCAGAAAACAUUUGGUGGAUCAGUAUGGAAAGGUCUACAUAGUAAUUUCUAAGACUUUGCGAUAGAGAAGAAAGAUCCCACAGUGCCUAGACAGGUUACCAUGUUGGGCCCUGCUUUCACACAGUAUAGGGAUAGUUUGCCAUGUAUUUACAUGGUGCUUGGGCCCUUAUCUAAGCACUGGGCUCAAGGUGGCUGACUCAUGUUACUUUAUGAUUAAUCUGACUAUGCUUUCAUUCUAUGCUGACCCGACAGAACCAAAUUGCCCAAAUGUAAAACUUUAAAAACAGUAAUACAUUUUCCAGGAAUAGAUGUCCUGCCUAAAUCUAUCCAAAAACAACUUAGUCCAGUGGACUUCUAGAUUUCUAUAGGAUAAUAUUCUGGUGUCUGCAAAGAUCUCACUUCUGCUAAUAUCAGUGCAUAAGUUUAAAAUGUUCCCAUGGUCUAGUGACUAGACCACAGGAGACUCUAGUCAAAGUAUGGAUCUAAACUAACACUUCAAGCUAAGACAGGUAUUCAACUACAUAAAACCUAAUAAAAGUGUAUGUAUGUUUUAAAAUCUCUCUCUAUUUUGUAGAACCAGUUACUGCCCGCAGGCCUAAGACAAAGGGACCAGACCCAUAAAACACCAUCGGGACCAUUUCAACGGGAUGCUCUUCUUGACCAUUUAGAAAAACAAGCCAAAGAGAUGAAGGACAAGGAAGAUUUGGUGCCUUACACUGGAGAAAAACGAGGUGUGUUCUAACACUUGUUUAGCAGUGUUGAAGAGUAUUUCAAUGAAUACUAGCAUAGAGAGAGAGCUAUAUUGUUUGUCAAACAUUGGUGAUAUGUACAUGAUGGGUAGGCUCUAGAUGGUGAUAUACCAGUAAUAUACAGGUAAUAUACAGGUGCUGUGUUUUUUAGGUUGGUGAAUGGAUGAGUUAUAUGUGAUACAUGUGUGUCUCAUGUUUACUCAUGAUUAGUUCAUGGCUGCUGUGUAGAUAUUGACAUGGCUUCAUCCUUGUGACAGUUAUGCUUCUGUUUGAUCCUUAAAGGUGGAUAUAGUAGUGCAGAGAGCUAUCGGAGAUGUGGAAUGUGCAGUGUAUAGCCUAUGGUGAGGCCAUCCUUUAUAUGAUGACUGCUCUGGUGUACCAUACGAGGGGAUUAAAAUAAAGUCUGUAUGUACUUCCUGGAAGUGUUAGGAAAUAUGUCUGAACUGUAACUGUUAAGUUGAUUCCAGCACUAUUAUAGGCAGAUUGCUUCAAGAUGUAUGAAUGAAUUUUGAACCGUAGAACUUUCAUUUACAGGAAUACUCCAAGCACUAUAACCACUAAUUACAACAUGGGCUACUACUGUUGAAGGGACAACAAUAUACACUAGAGCCACUAUGACUUAAUGUAUUGGUUCUGGGGCAUAUAGCAUGUCCCUGCUGGUGUCAGAGACACUUGGAUAACCACAAGAAGGUCUUCCUGGACAAGGUCCUGCAUGGAGAUGCUGAAAAAUGUUUGAUUAAAGGUGCAUAUUGAUGUAUUUGGGCUUUGAUACCAGAUAGUUGAGUUCACAUUGUUUUUUUAAAGGUUUGAAAUUGCUUUUUCCUUGGUUGUAAGUGCUAUUUAGUGUGAACUAGAACCACUGUAUGCAGAAAAGACAGUUACUGUGCAGAGAAUGUUACUAUAAAUUGAUUAAAUCAUCGUGUGGGAGUCAAAUGUCUUUGUUGAAAAAAUUAAAGAUCAGUAAUUUGUUUUGAUGCAAAAAGUUAAAUCUACGACUCUUCCCGAAGCCUGUUUGCAAAAUCACAUUAUGGCUACAACAAGCUGAUGAAGUGCUAGUGACAUUACUGACAGCAUAAACUGACUGAGGUUGAAUCACAUACAUUGGUUAUAAGGUGCUGACACUUCAAAGAUUGUUGAUCCUUUGCAAAGUGGCCAAUAUGUAAACUAUGUUGUAACAUUUGUAUGUAAAAUAAACAUUGUGAGGCGUUUAUAAAUUAUUAAAUGUAGAGUUUUAUUAUCAUUUUGAAUACAAUACAUGAUUCAAUAUUACUGUGCGACUGCACUACGUAAGGCAGGAGCUGAGGUUCUAAGUUCCUUAUAGGACUGGCAACUGGUUUCCAUGUUUUUUUUAUUUUUUGUAGGUGACUUUGAAAAUACUUUGUUAACUAGAAUGGAUAGUUUGCAUGACCAUUUUAUUGCCAGGAACAGAAUGAUGUAAGUCAUCAAAGAUCUAUCUCACUAUAGCAACCACCAGGGGUCAAGUCCUGGGAAAUAAAUUGUGGGAACUCACCCAAGAUCCACCCCCUCCACCCCCCAAAAAAAUAAAAUAAUAAACACUUGUAUAUAAAAAUGCGUGCACACACACACACUCAGACAUACACAUACACUCACAGGCACACACUCACAGACACACACACAUACUCAGACACACACACUCACAGACACACAGUCACAGACACACAUACAUACACUCACAGACACACACACACAUACACUCACAGACACACACACACUCACAGACACACACACACACAUACUCAUACACACACACUAACAGACACACACACAUUCCCAGAUACACACACACUCACAGACACACACACACAUACACUCACAGACACACAUACACAUACACUUACAGACACACACACACAUUCCCAGACACACACACACUGACAGACACACACACAUACACACAUACACACAUACACUCACAGACACACACUCACAAAUUUUUAUAAUUUUUUUAAAUUUAAAAAUGUCCACCCAGCCUCCCUACCCGAAGAGCUGGUGUGGACCUGUCCCUGGGGUCCAGUGGGGCUUCAGUGCGGCAGACGGCUGGCUUCCUGUCAGACACGGCGAGGGAGCUGUGUUCUCUCUGCUCCCUCUUGCCGCCCGGGCUGUCUGCUGAUGCCGGGAGCCGGAAUAUGACAUCAUGGGGGUAAUUCUCAUUCCUGGGCUACUGUACGAUCUCAAAGGCAACUUAACCAAUCUGGCGAAUUUCAAUGUGAAAAAAACUGAAAAAUGUAACAUGCUAUAUUUGAUCCUGUAACUUCCCAAAACACCAUAAAACCUGUACAUAGGGGGUACUGUUUUACAGGUGAGACAUUGCUGAAUACGAAUAUGUGUAUUUUAUUGCAGUAAAAGCAAACAGUAUUAUGACAUUCACAGUUAAAAUGUCACGUAGAACUAAAAAAAAUUAAAAAUGUUCUUAUUUUCUCCCAUUUUUUUAUGUUUUAUUCAUAUUAAAUUAUGCUUCAUAGCUAAAUAUUUGAUGUUAAAUGAGAGCCCGCUUUCACCUGAAUAAAAUGAUAUAUCAUAAGUGUGGGUGCACUUAAUAUGAAAGAGGUGAAUUACGGUUGAACAGACAUAUAGUAAAAUUCCAGGUUUUGUUUACCUUUUUUGAUUACGUGUACAUUUGGCUCAGUCCUUAACCCCUUCAAAACAGUAAAACGUAUCACAACUAUUAUAUCGUCAGUGUAGGUGCCAUUUGUAAAUAAAACAUUUCACUUUUACUGGCGAUAUCAUCGUUGUAAUACAUUUUACUGUUUUGAAACACUUAUAUUUGUGUUCAGCGAAGUCUUCCAAGUAAAGCAGUACCCCCCAUGUACAGGUUUUAUGGUGUCUUGGAAAGUUACAGGGUUAAAUAUAGUGCUAGCAAAUUAACUUCCCUGGACUUUCGGCCUGGGUUGCCAGGCAGGUCCCGCAAAUUGUAAUUAAUAUAAUGACCUAAUUAUGUAAAAAUAUUACAUAACUAUAUAUGUAGAAUUGUUAUAUAUAUGUGUGUGUAUAUAUCUAUAUAUGUAUAUAUAUAUAUAUAUAUAUAUAAUUUUUAAAAAUUAUUUUUAUUUAUAUAUAGGUAUAUACUUAUGUAUAUAGAUAUAUUAUUUCAUUCUACGUAUAUUUUGAUAUCUGUAUAUAUAUAUAUAUAUAUAUAUGUUAAUAUCAAAAUACAGUUAGAACGAAAUUACACAUAUAUAUAUAUAUAUUAUUUAUUUAUUAUUUUUUUAUUUAAAUUUUUUAACGUAUUUACAUAUUUAUUUUAUAUUAUAUAAAAAUAUAUAUUAUUAUAAUUAUAUAUAUUUAAUCAAUAUCAUUCUACAUGUAUUUUGAUAUUAAUAUAUAUGUAUCUAUAUAUAUAUUAAUAUUAAAAUACACUUAGGCAGUGUAUGUGUAUGUAUUUAUAUGUGUAUAUAUUGUUUUAUUUUAAACUGUGUUUUAACUUUAAUUGUCACUAACAAUUUAAUUGAUAUGCUUUCCUGAAGAAGUGUGUUUUCAAAUAUUUUUUGGAGUGGAGACUGGGUGAAAGUCUUAUGGAGAAGGGAAGGGAGUUCCACAGAAAAGGUGCAGCCCUGGAGAAGUCUUGGGGGCAGAUGUGCGAGUACGGACAGAGGAUAGGCGUAGAGCGCAGGGGCCUCGACGGGAUAUAUUUGUGUAUUAGGGAGGAUAGGGAGGCUGGAGCAGCAUUAUGUAGGGACUUGUAAGCAAGUACCAGAAUCUUAAAUUGAGCCCUAUAUCUAACUGAAAGCCAAUGUAGGGACUAACAGAUGGGGGAGGCGUGGGAGGUGCGGGCAAAGAGGAAAAUGAGCCUCAUUAAUUAUAGUUUGCAGUGGUGCAAUCUGGAAACAUGUAAGAAGAAGAGAAGGGGAUUGCAGUAGUCAAGGCGAGAAAGAACAGCGGCAUGCACCGGCACCUUAGCUGUGUCUGGCAUUAAAUAAGGGCGGAUGCAAGCUAUGUUUUAGAGAUGGAAGCAGCAGGAUUUGGCGAUCGACUAGACAUGAGGGGUGAAGGAGAGGUCAGAGUCAGAGAUGGCAGCGCCGUUGACUUGGAGGGAGACAGACAUGGGACUAGCAACACUUGAGGGAGGAAAGACCAGAAGUUCUGUUUUGUACAGGUUCAGUUUAAGGAAGUGAGCAGCCAUCCAGUUGGAAAUCGCAGAGAGGCAGUCAGAGACACGAGUCAAGAUGGGCAGAGGGAGAUCAGGAGAGGACAGGUAGAUUUGUGUGUCAUAUGAUGAUUUUAACAUUUAAGCAUAUGCUUGUAUGUGAUUACCUACAUUAUACUUUAUAUCCCUUAAAAUGACCACAACAAAAAAUUAGGUACCUCCUCAACGGCAACUAAGAAUAAAUGUUUGGGAGUUUAUAUUAUGAUACAUUGUACAGCGCUACGGAAUUUGCUGGAGCUAUAUAAAUAAAAUAAUAAUAUAACAAUAAUAAUAAUAAUAAUAAUAUAUGCAUAUCUAAAUAAAUAUUUAAAAUUAAAAAGUAUACCAUCUUUAAAACGUCAUAAUCACCAAACAAGCUAAUAAUAAAUAAUCUCCAUUUGUUGUGGUUUUAAACAUUUUCCAGAAUGGAGCGCAGCUGUUCAGUGUUUGGUGGACAGACAAGUUUAAGUUUAUAGGAUGGCAGAUGUUACAGAGUUAGUUUUGCUGAGUGGCUUGAUGAGUGGCUGUUAUGUUUGGUCUUUGUGAGUGGCUGAUAUUUCACAAGACAGGGCUGUUCCUUUGUUCCCUUGUCUGGCAAUCAUUCAAACUUUCAUAACUCUUCCUUAGGGGAUAAUCCAUAAAUAGAUGUUAGUCUAACAUUCUUGGACUAUUGUUGCUCUCUCUGAGCAGUGCCUGAAUACUAUCUCUUGCUAACAGAUUUUUUCAGUUCACAUGGAGUACACUGACAAUGUAAACGGCAUAUGAAAAGAAUAAAAUGAGAUAUAAUGCUCACUGUUUCAAACAAUAGUACUUUAAAAAAAUAUAUAUAUAAAAUCUACUCACAAUUUCAAGAGCACCUUUUGCUCAAUUAUAUCAUCUUGGGUGGUAUGAUCCACCAAGGAUAUAUAUGUAGGUAGAUGGGGAGAUUAAAAAAUAAAUCGCAGGAUAAAAAAUAAACAUAAAAUUGUGAGGGUAAAAAGUAAAACAAUGUUUACUGUAAUAUAGAAAAACAAGUAGCAAGAAAGGUGAGAAUGGACAACAGCUCAAUUAGCCUGCCCUUCGGUGGGUCCCCGCUCAGGUCUCAAGCUGGUUUUAGCUCAUCUUGUGCCAUUACAGAGAGAACAUAUCUGAAGCAUAUCAGACCGGUCCCACUCGUACGGGCAGUCCAGAUCCGAAAUGCCAGCAAUAUAUAUAAAAGACUGUUCCUGUAAUGGCUACCCAUAUAACCCUAGCUAUUAAAGGGACACUAUAGGCACCCAGACCACUUCAUCUCAAUGAAGUGGCCUGAGUGCCAUGUCCCCCUUGUUUACUCCUGCAAUGUAAAAAUUUAAAAUAAAGAGAGAAAAAAUAUUAGAUAAUAGAAACCAUCUAAUAUAGAUUCAGUAGUGGUAUAUACCUUUAGAUUUUAAAUCUUGUUUGUUGCAAUGCUAAGAAGACAUCAUGUAGCUUAUAUUCAAUGGUUAAAACAAAGGGGUAAAAACUUACCUUUUUCCAGCGCUGGGCGGGGAGCUCUCCUCCUCUGAUCCUCCUCUUCUCCUCCCCGUCGGCUGAAUGCGCACGCACGGCAAGAGCUGCGCGCGCAUUCAGCCGGUCACAUAGGAAAGCAUUCAUAAUGUUUUCCUAUGGACGCUGGCGUGCUCUCACUGUGAAAAUCACAGUGAGAAGCACGCAAGCGCCUCUAGCGGCUGUCAAUGAGACAGCCGCUAGAGGAAAUAGGGGAAGGCUUAACCCAUUCAUAAACAUAGCAGUUUCUCUGAAACUUCUAUGUUUAUGAAAAAAUGGGUUAACCCUAGCUGGACCAGGCACCCAGACCACUUCAUUAAGCUGAAGUGGUCUGGGUGCCUAGAGUGGUCCUUUAAGUCCAAUGUAAAAAAAGUCUCUGAAUAGAUACAAUUGUAUCAAUCAAAUAAAAGUUCACAACAAUCAGUUAUUUUGUUAGCUAUUUCAGUUAUUUCCAGUUAUAAUCAAACUAGGGUAUGUAUACUGGAUUAGCUGAAUUUAUAUAGUACAAUAUUAUAGUGUUCUUGCAGAUGCAGCAAUGUGAUAAAUAAUAAUGUACUUCUCUUGAAAGUUAAUAUAAUGACUAACAGAUCAUAAUAAGUGACCUGUAAUUAGAUGAAGAUCGCUCCGUUCUGGAAGAGACAGAGUUCAAGAUCCAUAGUGCUUACUGUAUUAAAAUAUUUAUUGUACACCAAAUUAAAAAUUGCACUCACAAUUUCGUAAAAACUAUUCAUGCUGAAUUGGAGUCAGGAAAGUAUGGUGUAAGCAGCUGUUGUAUGGGUCCAAUUGGACUGCAGUAAUGGGCGACUGGCUGAAAGUGUCAGCUGAUCGCUUUCCAGUCUGAUAUGCUUCAGAUAUGUUCUCUCUGUAAUGGCACUAGAUGAGCUAAAACCAGCUUGAAAUCUGAGUGGGAACACACCGAAGGGCAGGCUAAUUGAGCUGUUGUCCGUUCUCACCUCUCUUGCUACUUGUUUUUCUCUCCUUAAUGACAGCCACCUAUUGCUGGUAUGAAUUGAUAUGGAUGAGCAAGAGUGCAGUCUCUGCCUUAGCCAUAUUUCCAGUGUUUUCCAGGCUGUAGGUAGACAAGCACCCUCAUUCUGUGUUAAACUACCUGAAAUGGUUUAACACUGAAUGGAGGGAGAGUGCCAGGGGACUUCAGACACUCUAACUAUUUUAAUGAAAUACAAUGCUAAAAUGGUUGCAGUAUCCCUUUAAAGGGUCAGUUUAUAAAAGUCUGAAUAAUUACAGCAUUUGUGCAACAGUGCACACUGGAUGCUUUCCCCUGAUUCCAUGUGCAUUCUUGAACUGUGUGCAAGGAAUCAUGGAGCCUUUCCAUUUGAUUGGGAUACCGGGCUAAAUUGUGUUUAUUGGAAAUAUUAUGUGUUUUAGUUGGUGUGAUGAUGUGCUAGUGGAAGUUCUUCUUUAAACACUUUUGUGCAAUGUGUAGUAUUUCUGUUGCUUUUGGCCAAGGUCAUCUGUGAUCUUUUUGCUAUGAACACCAUCUAGGGUUGCUUGCUAAUGCUGCUUAUUGAUAGUCUGCCAUCUGAUGUGUGCAAUACUUACCAGCAGAACAUUUUCUAAAUCAGCAUUGUUCUUUGCCUUGAAUUGUGGCAUCUCAUAUUUUAAUAUUUAUCAGUUUCAUCACGGGCUAUUUGGAAAGAAAGUCACAUUUAUACAAGAGAUAGAAGUAGAUAGAAAACACAAGCAUAAUCUAUUUAUCGCUUAAAGACAAACAUUUCACUUAUUUUUUGUUAGUUUCUCGUCUUUUGAAAAAUGUUUUGUUUUAUAAAAGUAAACAAAAAUUACAUUUCAUUCGAAAUGUUAACCAGAAUUGACUCUGCGUUAAUCAGUUUUUGUAUUCUUCUGCAUCUUUUCACAGUGAUGUCCCAUAUUACUCGUGUUCAGUUUUCAUUUCCAUUUUCAGUGAUGACUGUGAAAAUAGUUAAUUAUAUAUAUUUCUAUUUCUAGAUGAUCAUUCUGGAUAUCCAUGAUAUUCUUUUGAUAUAAAUGAAAUAAGUCAAGUUUAGAAAUUAAAAACGUAUGUUAGGUAUAGAAGCUUGCAAUUUGAUCAAACACACAGUUAACAAAUAUAUGUGUCAACCUUUCUAAUUCAUACAACAGUGAAGGGACACUGAGCAACAAGGCAAUUUCAGCUUAAUAAAGUGGUUUAGUUGUAAAGAUCAUGCCCUCAAUAUGGAUGAGAUUUAAACAGUUUCCCUAUAUACUUCCUGAAAAAGAGUUAACAUUUUUUUAGCUUCCCUUAUUGCACAGUGUGUCUAAUGUGGCAUUUCUUACUUCCUGCUUGUUAAUUGCUUGUUAGAACAUGCAACAGCCUCUUGUGUGUGAGUAACGUUCAAUUAAUAGAGAAGAGAUAACUUCUUAAGUAAACAUGCUGUGCUGUAAGAUCUGAUUGAAAAUUAAACCACUUUGUCAGUUACAGCCAGAGGGGUGUGGCUAGGUCUGCAUAAACAAACACAAAAAGUGAUUUAACUCCUAAAUGGCAGAGAAGGGAACAGUGAACCUACAGGGGCAUGAUCUAUACACAAAAACUGCUUCAUUAAGCUAAAGUCUUUUGGUAGUUAGAGUAUCUCUUUAACAAAGUCCAUAGAGACAGCCAGGGAAAAGUUGAAAACAAAUCCAUCAAUCUUGUUGAUAUAAAAAUUCAUGGGGUUUUUCCUAAAAGAAAAAUAGCCCAAGUUCAGUUAAAAUUUUACAUGUUUCUUCCAUGAAAUGGGAUUACUCAUAGUUGGUAUGAUUAUUACUUGUAUUAUUAUACUUUUUUUUUAACAAUACUUGCUUCAAUGUGCUGUGUUAACAAAAAUUUAUAAGAAUAAAAAAUGUUAUUUCUAUGCAGGAAAGCCAUGGAUUCCUAAGAAGACGGUGGUUGACCCUGUUUUAGAAAAUGUAACUUUGGAGCCAGAACUAGAGGAAGCUUUAGCCAAUGCGUCUGACGCAGAGCUCUGUGAUAUUGCUGGUGAGUUGUAGAUUGAAUGAAUUAUGGAUUGUAAAAGGUUGUCAGAUUAUUAACACUACAGUUUUAAAGACCAUCCUCCAGUUGGUAAAGAAAAUAAACUAAAAAAAUAAAAUUGCUUACCUUCUUUCCAGUGCCGAGUCUCCUUUGGUGCUGCCCUGACCUCUCCCUUCGUCUGAUGUCAUACUGGAGGUUUAACUCUGUUUAAUCUAUUAUAAGGUACUGAGAGUUGUACUCCAGCAUCUGAAACAACCAAAGCCAUAAGCCCAAUUUGGAGGAACUUGGCUUUUGUAAACUGCUAAAGAAUAAACCUCGUUUCCCAAGUCAACAACAAUUACUGUUUAAAGGAACACUCUGGGUACCAUAACAACGUAAUUCAUUGAAGUUGCUAUGGUGCCAGGAGGUCCUGGCUACCAUCCUACCUUUAGAGGUUAAAUGUUUACAAAUAGUUUAACCCAAAGUGCAUCCACACUGCCCCUUGCCUUCUGGCGAUGGUCCAAGACUUCAAUGGACAGGGCACUAACAAGCUGAGAGUAUUAGAUGACAGUCUCAGCCUAUCAUUAGCUCCCCAUUCACAAAACUGUGUGAGAAAGGUAUGUACCCCUUUAUCACUGUGUUUUCAUAUGACUGUGUGUUCAUAUGACUGUUUCAAUAAUAAUGUAAUAAUAUUGAAAUAUUUCUCUCUAGGUGAAUGUUUGAGCUGGGAGCCAUAGAAUCGAUAUAUAUGUGUCAAUGACAAAUUGGGUGCAGAUAGCAAACAUUGUGAUGGGGUCAAGUGGUUUACUGGGUUUGUCAUACAUUUUCCAGUUCAGCUAUUUUGUUCUACAGGGAGUGCAGAAUUAUUAGGCAAAUGAGUAUUUUGACCACAUCAUCCUCUUUAUGCAUGUUGUCUUACUCCAAGCUGUAUAGGCUCGAAAGCCUACUACCAAUUAAGCAUAUUAGGUGAUGUGCAUCUCUGUAAAGAGAAGGGGUGUGGUCUAAUGACAUCAACACCCUAUAUCAGGUGUGUAUAAUUAUUAGGCAACUUCCUUUCCUUUGGCAAAAUGGGUCAAAAGAAGGACUUGACAGGCUCAGAAAAGUCAAAAAUAGUGAGAUAUCUUGCAGAGGGAUGCAGCACUUUUAAAAUUGCAAAGCUUCUGAAGCGUGAUCAUCGAACAAUCAAGCGUUUCAUUCAAAAUAGUCAACAGGGUUGCAAGAAGCGUGUGGAAAAACCAAGGCGCAAAAUAACUGCCCAUGAACUGAGAAAAGUCAAGCGUGCAGCUGCCACGAUGCCACUUGCCACCAGUUUGGCCAUAUUUCAGAGCUGCAACAUCACUGGAGUGCCCAAAAGCACAAGGUGUGCAAUACUCAGAGACAUGGCCAAGGUAAGAAAGGCUGAAAGACGACCACCACUGAACAAGACACACAAGCUGAAACGUCAAGACUGGGCCAAGAAAUAUCUCAAGACUGAUUUUUCUAAGGUUUUAUGGACUGAUGAAAUGAGAGUGAGUCUUGAUGGGCCAGAUGGAUGGGCCCGUGGCUGGAUUGGUAAAAGGCAGAGAGCUCCAGUCCGACUCAGACGCCAGCAAGGUGGAGGUGGAGUACUGGUUUGGGCUGGUAUCAAAGAUAAGCUUGUGGGGCCUUUUCGGGUUGAGGAUGGAGUCAAGCUCAACUCCCAGUCCUACUGCCAGUUCCUGGAAGACACCUUCUUCAAGCAGUGGUACAGGAAGAAGUCUGCAUCCUUCAAGAAAAACAUGAUUUUCAUGCAGGACAAUGCUCCAUCACACGCGUCCAAGUACUCCACAGCGUGGCUGGCAAGAAAGGGUAUAAAAGAAGAAAAUCUAAUGACAUGGCCUCCUUGUUCACCUGAUCUGAACCCCAUUGAGAACCUGUGGUCCAUCAUCAAAUGUGAGAUUUACAAGGAGGGAAAACAGUACACCUCUCUGAACAGUGUCUGGGAGGCUGUGGUUGCUGCUGCACGCAAUGUUGAUGGUGAACAGAUCAAAACACUGACAGAAUCCAUGGAUGGCAGGCUUUUGAGUGUCCUUGCAAAGAAAGGUGGCUAUAUUGGUCACUGAUUUGUUUUUGUUUUGUUUUUGAAUGUCAGAAAUGUAUAUUUGUGAAUGUUGAGAUGUUAUAUUGGUUUCACUGGUAAUAAUAAAUAAUUGAAAUGGGUAUAUAUUUGUUUUUUGUUAAGUUGCCUAAUAAUUAUGCACAGUAAUAGUCACCUGCACACACAGAUAUCCCCCUAACAUAGCUAUAACUAAAAACAAACUAAAAACUACUUCCAAAAAUAUUCAGCUUUGAUAUUAAUGAGUUUUUGGGUUCAUUGAGAACAUGGUUGUUGUUCAAUAAUAAAAUUAAUCCUCAAAAAUACAACUUGCCUAAUAAUUCUGCACUCCCUGUAUAAUUUGAAAUUCACUUUUAAUUCCCUUUGAAUUCCCAACGGUCUGUCCUUUCUAUUAUUAAGAAAAGGCUAGAAAUAGAGUUUUUCCUGAGAUAAAAUAAAAUUCUAAAAACAAGAUCAUUUUUUAAGAUUAAAACUUUUAAAAAGUUUAUACUGGAAACCAGGGAAAAAACCCCAGAUAAUGUUAUGGGUAAAUUGGACUGCAUUUUUAUUUAUUUCAAGUACCCUUAUUAAGCAGACUGUAAUUAAAGGAAUUCAAUAGUGUUAAAAUACAAAUCUGUAUUCCUAACACUAUAGUGCCCUAUCACCCAAUUUCAGCGCCGAUAUUCCUCGGCACUGGGUAGUGCUCACCUCCUCUGACGUCAUCCAACGUGGGGGGACCUAAUCCACGUGUUUGGAAAGUGUUGCGAGCACACUAGGCCUUCUCCAUAGGAAAGCAUUGGAGAAGGCCUAGUGUCUUGGGGAUUUCACUGAUGCUGGAUGUCCUCAUGCAGAGCGUGAGGAUGUCCAGCUUCGUUUAAGAAACUCAGAGUACUUUAGAAUCCCAAAAGCUCCUCUAGUGGCUGUCUGAUGUUUUACAUUGCAGGACUAAGUGGGACAGGGAAACUGCAUCCAGACUACUUCAAUGAGAUGAAGUUAUCUGGGUGCCUAUAGUGUCCCUUUAAAUUAUAUAAAAUUGUAAUCCUGCUACCAGAGCAGUACUGCUGAGGGUCAGUCAUCUGCUACUUUAUUUACCAUGAAGCAAGACAGAUUGAAAACAAUGAAGGAAGGGUAAAGAGGUUUUGUUGAAUGUCGUUUGGGUCUUAUUAGAACAAACUAAUUGGAAGAGCAUCUUUAAAUCAUAAAUGUAGAAUUUUUUUUCUAUCCCCUAUUGCCAUUUGCCUUUAUUUGUAUUUAUUGUCUUUUCUUCAUCGUGCUAAAUCUCAAUAUCUGGGGGACUCCAUUUUGUUCUCCUUUGUCUAUGAUGUCUGCAGUUUGCCCUACAAACAAAAAAGGAUUACUGUAAAAGCAAAGCAUGCAAAGUGACAGGGCAGCUUUAACCAAAUAAUUGAAGCAGUAUUUUUUUUAAUCUCAAUUAACAUUCUCUGUUGGUUAUUCGUAUAACAUAACAUCUAGUUAUUAUGGUCUUACAUAAUAAGUUUCCAAGUAGCACAGUUUUGGUGUUAAUAUUUUUUUUAAGUGAAUAACCAUGCUUAGUGUUCCCACAAUACACACAUUCAUAUCAGAGACUGCGGACACUGAAAGAUUCCAUCUGUUUGAAAUACUUAGGUAGCAUCUCAUGUAUUAGUGUUUGGUUGUCAUUAUGAGCAAACUAAUAGCAGUAAUAGCUAAUAACAGUAGUAGCAGAGUGUACCAUAUACUUGGUAAUAGGGUGUAUAUUGCCCAGUAUUAACAUAGUGUGUAUUGUAUGUUCAGUGUAUGUGCUUGUGUGUGUAUACACAUUGCAAGUACAGGGUACAUUUUGCUAUUAAUUGUAUAAAAUCAUGUGUUGGCAGUGUGUGUGUGUAUGUGUAUAUAUAUAUGUAUGUGUAUAUUUAUGCAUGUAUAUAUGUAUAAAAGCAAAUAAAAGGGUGCACUCAAAGGUCUGUGAAAAUAGUUAAUUAUAUACGUGUUUAAUUAAUCACAAAAUUACAUAGGUGUCUGACCGACGUUUUGACCCGUUCGGGUCUUCCUCAAGAUCCACAAUUUUUGGGUGAUUUUAUAUAUAUAUAUAUAUAUAUAUACAUACACACAUACUCACACGCACUCUGCGAACACAUAAUAAAAUAAAAUUAAAAGCAGAACGUACCACGUACUUGCAAUGUGUACACUGCCAGUGUUCGAAGUGAAAUUAGAGAACGUACAACCACAUCCAAUAAUAACCAGACAGUAAAGACUUUGUUGUGACAGUUAAACUUACUAAAAAUAUGUAUUAAUGGAUUUCCAGAUCUGAUCAGCUCUGCCUCACCUGCAUUAGUAUCCAUAGUGCUACAAUCACUGUGUAUCAUUUUAUCCGUCCUAAUUCACAUUUCCAGCCAGUCCUUUUUAUCAUACUGAAACUAUAUCUGUUUCUUCCAGUUUUCUUCAUGCCCCAUGACAUCAUCAACCUUUUAGAAGCCUCUGAGGGAUUGUAAGAAAUUGCUUUCAGUACAUCAUGUUAAUGUUCUGUAAUGUUGUGCUUCUUUUCCAAAAAUAAGAAUGCAGGCCCGUCUCUAGCUUCUCUUGCUAAAGAAGGAAACAAAUUGGCCUUGCUUUGUUUUUAUGGUGUUAUGCUCUGCUAUCCUGCGGUAUAAUGCUUGCUGUUAAUGUUAUCUUCUCUGUGUACGCAGUCAAGAUAGCUUUGCUUUGUGUAUACAGUUCUUGUUUAUAUCUUCUCUUUAAAGGACAUAAUUUCUCAAGUGUUGCCAUAUAUGCCAGUUUUGUUUGAGAAAAGCUCAUCGCCUCUCACUCUAUUUUGUCUUAUUUCAUACAUAGGUAUAGCACUUGUGUCAUUGUGUUUGGCUCACAGAGCAUUAUGGGAGCUGUAGUCCACCAACAGCGGGAGGGUGCUGUUCAAAACCCCCAGGCACUUUUUCCUCCCCAUCUAUAUUCCACUGUAGACCGAACAAGUAAAAGUUGUUCCAUGUGCUCUUUGAAAAGGAAAGAACUAUGUCACCUGUCCUCUCCCUAGUUCUAACUGCUAAUAAUGCUUUUUUUCUAAAGAUGAAAAAUAUAUUUCAACUGGAUUAUGUGUGUCAUUGAAACAGCCAGAACUAUAUUACCUGUCAGUAGUGAUGUCCGAACGGUUCACCGAACGGUUCGCGAACGGUUCGCUACGAAUGGUUCGCCGCGGACUCAUCAUUGAGUAAACUUGACCCUGUACCUCACAGUCAGCAGACACAUUCAAGCCAAUCAGCAGCAGACCCUCCCUCCCAGACCCUCCCACCUCUUGGACAGCAUCCAUUGUGAAGCUGCAUUCUUAGUUAGCUGUCCAGGAGGUGGGAGGGUCUGGGAGGGAGGGUCUGCUGCUGAUUGGCUGGAAUGUGUCUGCUGACUGUGAGGUACAGGGUCAAAGUUUACUCAAUGAUGAGUCUGCGGCGAACCGUUCGGGACAUCACUACCUGUCAGCCAAGAAAAACUAUUUUAUUAUGACAUUGUGUCCCACAGACACACACAACAUAAAUUUGUGGUGAGCUUUCAUAUGUAAUGAUGCUAAUAUGGCAUUGUAAUUCUCAUCCUUGUUACAAUGCAUUUUCUAAGAUGAUAAGGUGACACAUAACAAGCACCUGAAAUAGAUCAUGUCUGCCAACAGUCUGUUUUUGCUGGCCAAAUCCAAAAGCAUCCAAAGCAUUGAGAGUCUCCGGGACUUAACCAACAAUAAUUAGGACACUUAUGGUAAACGGUCCCCCCAUUCCCUCAUUACACACACUCUACUACAUGGCUUACAGUAGCCCAGGUGCAAGUCUGCAAAUACUUGGUCCUUCUUCUCAUUAUCUGAUUGUGAAAUUGGGGGCAAUUUAUGUACUAAUGGGCCAUGGGUUUCCAAUUCCACAAUGCCCACAUCCUGUAUCUCUGUAUUAGUCAUAGGACAUGGAGUACAUUGGUCAUGGGUACCCUACCCUCCACAAAUGCAAUGUAUUACAAUACGGGACCCCAGUUUUUUGGUCCCAAGAGCCAUAUUAAUUUGAUGUGACAAGAGAUAUCCAAUGCCUUAUAUAAAUUGGGGUCCAGGGAUUUUGUAUAAUUCCCAUCUUAAAUAUCUGUGUGCUUCUUGAGACUGAUGGGAAUUAUAUUCCAGGGCUACAGCCACAUCUCAAUGCUUCCAAAAUUCAUUCUGCCCCCUCUUAUCAAUGAUAUGUAAGGUCAGGUACAAAGGAGAGUGAGACACCAUAUUUCCCUCUGUCUAGCUUCUUGUCCGGCCUUUGAUAAGUCAUGUUUUGUCCCAAUGAAAUCCAGGCCCAGUGUUCGGCAGUGUCACAUCACAACGAGCAAUGCAGUAAAUCCAUAUUGCAUGGGGUGAUAUGGUACUGUACAACAAGGUGUUUGAAAACAUAACCUCUUCUUUGAAGUAACAGGCAAGUUAUGUAGUUAUAGCUAUAUUUCAAAUAUAUAGGCCUCAGCUGCAUAUUGUUAGAAGAGCUUUUCAAAAGAUAUUUCAAAAAUGUUUUCAAAUAUUAAAAUAUCAAAAAUAUACAAUAAAUUAAAAAAAAUAUCAAUAUGUAAAAACAUUUAAAAAUAUUACAAUAUUUUUUCAAAAUAUGAAAUCAUCUUAAAAGUUUAUUCAAAAAUAUAAAAUCGGGGGUAUAGAUGGAAACAUUACUGUUCUGCAUCACCUGCACAUCUGGACUUUAAAAUAUUAAAGGACCACUCUAGGCACCCAGACCACUUCAGCUUAAUGAAGUGGUCUGGGUGCCUGGUCCAGCUAGGGUUAACCCUUUUUUUUUUUCUAAACAUAGCAGUUUUAGAGAAACUGCUAUGUUUAUAAAUAGGUUAAUCCAGCCUCUAAAGCCUCUAGUGCCUGUCUCAUUGACAGCCGCUAGAGGUGUUUGCGUGCUUCUUACUGUGAAAAUCACAGUGAGAAGACGCAAGCGUCCAUAAGAAAGCAUUAUGAAUGCUUUCCUAUGAGACUGGCUGAAUGCGCGCGCAGCUCCUGCCGCGCAUGCGCGUUCAGCCGAAGAGGAGGAGAGGAGGAGGAGAGCUCCCCGCCCGGCGCUGGAGAAAGGUAAGAUUUUAACCCCUUCCUCUCCCCAGAGCCCGGCGGGAGGGGGACCCUGAGGGUGGGGGCACCCUCAGGGCACUAUAGUGCCAGGAAAACAAAUAUGUUUUCCUGGCACUAUAGUGGUCCUUUAAUGUGUGGCACAGAAAUCAUGUUUCUACAGCUAUCCCAGAAUUCCCAGCUUGACAUGUAAAUAAGCACAGACAGGCAUUGUGUUUCAGAUUUCACACUGCAUUUCUUCAAGUACCCUUAGCUAAGGUUAACUAUUUUAAACACAGCAUUUUUAACACCGCUUUUUUAUUCAAGUGACACUACGGACACCAAAACAAUUUCAACUAAACAACUUCAUCUAAAUGAUGUUGUUAUGGUGCCAAGGGCCCCUGGAGGCACUCUUAUCUCAAGAGGUUAAACCAUUCCAAUCCCCUGCAGGCGGCAUCCAGCUUCUGAAUUUUCAAUUGGUGACUCCUAAUUCAGUAAAUUGGCUUGGAAAACAACAUACCUUUUCCAAACUAGUUUAGUGAAUAUGGUGUCACAUGACCGUUCUCAGCCAAUGAGCAGCACCCUUUGUUUCCUGAAUUGGAAAUUUCUGAAGCUGCCGGUGGGGGGAAGUGGACAUCUCUGCUGGAUGCAAUUUUAGUGUUAAACUGUUCAAGAAUGGUUUUGCCCCUUAAGAUAAAAGUGUCUCCAGGGGCCUCCUGGAACCAUAACAACUUAAUUUAGAUUGAGUUGUUUUGGUGCCUGAAGUGUCCCUUUAAUCAUCCAUAGUUGUAAGUGAACAGGAAAGUCUGCGCCCAAUGUCCAGUUUGAAUUAUGCAGUUGACGCACAACAGUAAUUUUUCUAUCUGCACCAAUUGUGGGGAGUUGUAUUGGGAGGGGGGGGGUCUCUCCACAAAUUAUUUAGCACAUAUUUAUCUUUUAGAUUACAAAAGCAGCAAUAUAGUAUUGUACUUUGGCAGUGAUUAUUAUAAAGCAGCAACAUAUUAAACAGAAAUAAUUGACAGACUACAUACCAUUAAACUAUUAGUAUUUCAGACAUACCGUAGGGGUCAUCCUCUCUUUUUUUAUAUAUAGUAUGACACAGAUGCAAAUACAAUGCAUGUAGUAUGUUUGAGCAAUUAGCAUUUACAAAGUGUUACGGUACAUAGUUUGAUUAAUGUGCUUGCGGUGACUGUCCACCUAUGCAUUUUGGUUUGCAAAUCAAGUUGCAUCAAUGAUAUAAUGUGUAUCCAAGUGGUUUGUCAGGUUCUUUACAUGUUUUCUGCAUGGCAUAUACUUUGAGGAGCAUGCAGUGCUGAAACUGUGUGUGUUGUUUGUUCAUCAAUACAUGGAUUAUUGAGCAUUUAUUAUUGGUGGUCUUACUGCAUUUAGAGAAACUAGUUAAACAGACAUAUAUGUGUGGAAAAAAGUAUCUGUGUUUAAAAAAAAAAAGAAAUUCAGAGAAGUUACAAGUGGGAAAUAUUUGUAAAUAAUCUGUUUCAAUUGAAAUUACAUGUACAUGAGGACGUAUAAGAUAUGUAAAUAGACUGAGUAUGAAGACAGAGAUAUUGCUGUAGAGUUGUGUUUUUACACAUCUUACAAAAGUGAUUACACCCCUCACAUAUUUGUAAAUAUUUUAUAUCUUUUCAUGUGACAACACUGAAAAAAAAGGGCACUCUGCUACAAUGCAAGCAGUAAGUGUACAGCCUGUAUAACAGUGUGAAUUUGCUAUCCCCUCAAAAUAACUCAACACACAGCCAUUGAUGUCUAAACUGUUGGCAACAAAAGUGAGUACGCCCCUAAGUGGAAAUGUCCAAAUUGGGCCCAAAGUGUCAAUAUUUUGUGUGACCCUCCAUUAUUUUCCAGCAAUGCCUUAAACCUCAUGGACAUGGAGUUCACCAGAGCUUCACAGGUUGCCACUGGAGUCCUCUUCCACGCCUCCAUGACGACAUCACGGAGCUAGUGGAUGUUAGAGACCUUGAGCUCCCUCACCUUACAUUUGAGGAUGCCCCACAGAUGCUCAAUAGGGUUUAGGUCUGGAGACAUGCUUGGCCAGUCCAUCACCUUUACCUUCAGCUUCUUUAGCAAGACAGUGGUCAUCUUGGAGGUGUGUUUGGGGUCAUUAUCAUGUUGGAAUACUGCCUGCGGCCCAAUCAGAAGGGAGGGGAUCAUGCUCUGCUUCACUAUGUCACAGUACAUGUUGGCAUUCAUGGUUCUCUCAAUGAACUGUAGCUCCCCAGUGCCGGCAGCACUCAUGCAGGCCCAGACCAUGACACUCCCACCACCAUGCUUGACUGUAGGCAAGACACACUUGUCUUUGUACUCCUCACCUGGUUGCUGCCACACACGUUUGACACCAUCUGAACAAAAUAAGUUUAUCUUGGUCUCAUCGGACCACGGGACAUGGUUCCAGUAAUCCAUGUCCUUAGUCUGCAGGUCUUCAGCAAACUGUUUGCGGGCUUUCUUGUGCAUCCUUUUUAGAAGCGGUUUCCUUCUGGGACAACAGCCAUGCAAACCAAUAUGAUGCAGUGUGCGGCGUAUGGUCUGAGCACUGACAGGCUGACCCCCACCCCUUCUCUGCAAUGCUGGUGGCACUCAUACGUCUAUUUCCCAAAGACAACUUCUGGAAAUGAUGCUGAGCACGUGCACUUAACUUCUUUGGUCGACCAUGGCGAGACUUGUCCUGAGUGAAACCUGUAAUGUGACACCGCUUUAUGGUCUUGCCCACCCUGCUGCAGCUCAGUUUCAGAGUCUUAUCAAUCUUCUUAUAGCCUAGGCCAUCGUUAUGUAGAGCAACAAUUCUGUUUUUCAGACCCCUAGAGAGUUCUUUGCCAUGUUGAACUUCCAGUGACCAGUAUGAGAGAGUGUGAGAGCGAUAACACCAAAUUUAACACACCUGCUCCCCAUUCACACCUGAGACCUUGUAACACUAACGAGUCACAUGACAUCGGAGAGGAAAAAUGGCGAAUUGGGCCCAAUUUAGACAUUUCCACUUAGGGGUGUACUCACUUUUGUUGCCAACAGUUUAGACAUUAAUAGCUGUGUGUUGAGUUAUUUUGAGGGGACAGCAAAUUUACACUGUUAUACUACUUUACAUUGUAGCAGAGUAUCAUUGCUUCAGUGUUGUCACAUUAAAAGAUAUAAUAAAAUAUUUUGUGAGGUACUGCAUGUUCUAGAGAUACAGUCAUUUUGAAGCAUGUUGCACACUGUUGGAACAAGUAGGGUAUUUGCAGCUCACAGGGUGAAUAUAAACAUUUUUAAACUGAAAGAAUAAAGCUGCAAGAAUACCUAGCAAGAGCAGCAGUAAAAUUGUGUUAUCUGUAAAAGUUGUAAUAGGAAGUUUCCAUGGUGGAUGUUUGUAUACACUGAUGGCUGUGAGUGAUGUGUGUUGCUCUCCAUGGAGACGCUGAACUUUCCCCUUAGAGAUGCAUUGAUUGAGGAGAUGCUGACUGGCCAAGCCUAUGUUAUUAUAAGGAGAGAGAAUGGUUAAUUGAGUGCUAAUAUUAUAUUGAUAUGGGGUUCUAUAUAUAAAAUGAGUGGGAAAUAACGUAGUGGUAUGACCAUGCUGACAUUCUUUUUGUUUUGGAGUGUCUCCAUAUAGGGUGAAGCAAGUGGUCACUGAUGUCUAAUCAAGAAAUUGGGUCUUUCAUUUGUGGAGUAUUGUAGGCCUCAAUUUAAUAUUUUUUGGACAAACUCUUCAAAUUAUUUCAUAUUUUUGGACAAACUUUUCAAAUUAUGUAAUGUUUUUGACAAUAUUUUAGGAUGGUAUGCUAUAUAAAUAUAUAUUUUACAUACAAUAUAUAUUUGAUGUUUUAAUAUUUUGAAUAAAUCAUUUUCAAACUUUUUCCACAAAUAUUAAAAAAUUUCAAAAGCUCAUCCAAAUAUUAAAACAUGUGAAAAGCGCAUCCAAAAAUAUUAAAUAAGGCCAUAUACAUAUUUUUUUGUAUAUUAAUGUUUUGUAAGUGUAAUUCUUCACCUGAAAUGUAACAUAUUGCUGUUGAUGUAGUUCCUAAGCUGUUUCAAAGAGAGGCCUGUGAUUGGACCAAUUGACAGCUUAGAGCGCAUGCGUACUCUCCAAACCUGUGAGGGUAGGUGCUCUGCCUGCAAGGGGAAUAUUUUAAUGUCUGUUGGCAGCAUUAGGCAGCCCGAACAGAGUUCUUGACUACUAAUGUCAAAUAUGCUGGGGUGCAAUUUGCACCCAGCUCCCAAUUACAAAGAUCUCUGGAUGUGUUUCAAGCAGAAACACUGCACAUACAUACUCCUACCACCAUGACCACUUACGUUCCCUGAAGUAACCCUUCAAGCUACAUAUCUAUUUAUAUAUUUUUAUAAUGUGUAAAAAAUCAAAUCCUGCUUCUGUGUGCUAGCAAACUGUAAAAAAAAAAGCAAGGAGGGGAACAAAGAGCGAGAAUUAAAAGGAAGUGAACAAGAAAUUGUUAGUGCAGAUCGAGAAAGCGCAAGGGAAAGGUACAGACUACAGUGAUGGGGAUCAGACAUCUCCUAUAAAUAUUAGCGUCAAUGUUUGGUGGGACCAGUGCCAGUACUUGAGAUAUGAGGUUAGCAACAGUGAUUGAUUAUUGGGAACUCAGAAGGUCAGUCUUUUUAUUUUAAAUUCAAGCUUGAUUUGCUGAAAUUCUAAAUUGCAUAUUUAAUACUAAGCCUACAAAACAUAGAUACUAUUUAAGCUGGUAAGACCUGCACAUGACUAAUUGGAAUGCUUUCUACGUUCUGAUCUGAGUAAUGAUAUCUUGUAUUUUCCUAGCCAUCCUUGGAAUGCACACACUGAUGAGUAACCAGCAGUACUAUCAAGCACUCGCUAGCAGUACUAUCGUCAACAAAGAGGGUCUAAAUAGUAAGUCUUAAACUGAACGUUAAGCAUUUUUUUACAGACUGUACAUGGUGUUUCAUAGAUGUCUAUGUAUAUAUUGUUAAGUGUUUCUUGUGUGAUAUAGAAGGUAAACAUAGAUUUUCAGGGGACACAUAUAACAUUACAUACCAAUGUUAAAAAAGGACCGCAUGGAAAAAUAUGUAUUUAAAGUGACCGUAAUGUUUAAACUGAAAUCAUGUUUAUGUAAAAUAGCGCUCGAAGAGAUUGGGAAGUAUAUAUAUAUUUAUAUAACAAAGCUAAGGAACGUGCCUAUAUUUAGUUUGAAUGCUGAAGAAAGGCUAUAUUUUAUGGAAGUUCCCAUCUAAUCAGCGACAGUUGUAAAAUAAAAUACAUAUGCCAGAGCCACAUUAGGUAAUCACAACAUUUUCUAGGGGCGACUAUUUUUAAAAAAAAUUUUUCAGUGCAAGACUAGGAUUGUAUAGGAACACAAACCCACGGUGAAAUUUGUCCCAGUUAAAACAUUUUUUUCCCUAAACAAUGGGACAAUGGUUCUGCCACACUCCAAACAGCACAUAGCAGACCAAUCUAAAAACUAAUUGAAGCAAUUAUUGACCACUUAGGCCUUGGGCAGAAGCAGCCAAAUCUCUCCCUCCAACAAUAUUCAGUAAAUAUGCAUAUCUAUCCAGAGGGACCCCAUUGAUCCCUUGGGUCACUAUGUAGCUAUUACACUCAUUUUUAUAUACUGUAUGGAAUGAGUAGAUGCUGCCUACUGGUUAAUUUUGCAUCACUUGUAUCAUUGUCAAAUAACCUACUCCUCCAAUCCACCAAUGGCUAUUUAGUGAGCAAAGGGAUCAACUGGGGCUCUGACACUUCAUUAAUCUCUUUAAAUAACACAUUAAGACUUCCCUGUUUGUGGGGCACAAUUUGUUUAAUCACAGGUCACCUUUGGUUAUAUGGAGUUUGUAAGCAUUAUCUCAGAAUGUAUUUAAAUGACCCUCCAGACCACCAAAGCACUUUAGCUUGUUGAAAUUCUUUGCGUGUCCUCUUUUUUAUUUUACAAAAAGUGCAAAAUCUUAUUGAAAUUGGCACUUUUAUAAUUUUUUUAAUAACCUUUAGUUUAGAGCAGAUUUAGACAUUAUGUGUUAUUUUAUUAUAUUUACAAUGCACUGAUCAUUAUAAGAUCUGCCCCUCUCACCCCCCACAUUAUUGUUAUUACAUUUACUGUGCACUGGUCCUUUGAAGAGUAAUUUUUCCCUUUCCUGUAGAUUCGUAUGGCUACUUAUAGUGGUGUUUUUAGCAGGAGGUAAAUUGUGUUAACAGUAAUGAUAUAUUUGUUUUUGGCCUUUGUAUGCAUCAUAUAAACUCCAAGCCAGAUAAAAAAAAACUAUUUAUAAUGGAUUAUUUAGAGUAAUGUGUUAAAACUACUAGACACAAUUCGUCUUUUUUUUUCUUAGGUGUUAUCAAACCAACACAAUAUAAGCCGGUCCCUGAUGAAGAACCUAAUUCAACUGAUGUAGAAGAUACACUGGAACGGGUUCAGAACAAUGAUCCAGAUUUGGAAGAGGUUAAUCUUAAUAACAUUAAAGUAAGUGGCCAUGCUCUUUUUGUAAAUGCUAUAUAUUUUAUUUCUUAAUGUGGUUGACAACAUAUGAAGGGUGCUCCCCGUGAAGAAAAUGGUCAACAUCUUGGACCUCGGUUCCUCCAUCUCGAAAGGCUGCCUUCAGUGGUUGAAACUGUUUUCUACAAUCCUACGAUCAGGCAGGAAGAAGUGUCUAAGGAUACCAACAUCCUGCAUGUGGCAUAAUGAGCAAUGUGCUUAGGCACCAAUUCCUGCCACCUAAAUCUGCUCGUAUUCCUUUAUAACGUGUGCCCAUCUCAGACUAGGGAAAAAAAGGUCUCCAUGCAUGAAAUACAACUGUGAUUUAAAGCAGAAAGCUGAGCAAGUAGAUUCAAUGCCUGUUUGCUAGGUAUCCACAGACACCUCUGCCCAGUCCUUGUCUCCCUAUAGGUGUUUGAAAAAUCAUGUGCCUUAGGACUGGGAGUACCUUUUCCUUACUUCUCCUCAUCCAAUAUGUACCUCGUUGGUACUUUGCGUGAUUUGUCUUUUUAUUGGAAUUACUUAUGGGACCUUAUUAUUUUUUUGGCACAAUGGGUUAGUUUUAAUGUAGCUUUAUAGCUUGAUUUCCUGCAAGAAGAGUUUUCUUUUCGCUUAUGUCUCGAUGUGGUGAUGGUGUUUUUCUGUUUUGACACACAGAACAGUCCUACUUUUUCUCUGCUCUGUCUCUAUUACAGUUUUAAAUGGACACAUUCGAAACACAAAUCAGUUUUAGCAUUAUGAAGUGGUUUUGGUGUCUAGAUCAUGCCCCUGUAGUUUUACUGCACAAUUAUCCGCAAUUUAGGAUUUACAUCUCUUUGUUUAUGCAGCCCUAGCCUCACCCCUCAUGUCUGAGACUCACACAAUCUCCCUACACACUUCCUGUAAGAGAGUUUCUUUUUUUAGCUUCCCUUAUUGCACAGUGUGUUUAAUUUAGGAUUUCUUAUCUCCUCUUCUGUUAAUAGCCUGCUGUGGCCUGCAACAGCCUCCUGAUUAAAGUUGAAUUAAGAGCAGAGAAAAGUUUGAUUAGCAGAGUAUGAGAUAACAACUUCUAAAAUAAACACACUGUGCUAGUAGAUCCAAUUGAAAAUGAAACCAAUUUUUUUUUAAAUGAAAACUGUAUGAGUCUCAGCCAGGGGAGGUGUAGCUGAGACUUCAUAAACAAAGUGAAUUAACUCCUAAAUGGCAGAUACUUCAGAGUGAUACUGCAGGGGCAUGAUCUAUACACCAAAACAACUUCAUUAAACUGAAGCUGUUUUGGUACUUAGAGUAUCUCUUGAUUUUCUUACAAAGGUUCCUAACAGUCAGACAUUUUAACUAAGUAACCUCCAAGUGCUUCUGAACAUGUUUUUUUGCAUCUCCUUUUUUGUUUACACCAUUUCUCCUCUCCUGUAUGUGGAGGUCUGUUUCUUGCAGAACAAUAUAAGGUCUUUUCUUUCUUGCCAUUUAUUGUGCAUUGAAUGUAUGCUGCAUGUCAGCCUUAUCCUCUCAUCUGUUACAUCUGUUUGACCUUAUCCAAUUGGUGUUUCACCCAUAAUGUGGUUCUGCCUGCUUCUCAUUAACACUUAAGGUGUUUGGAAAUUAAUUCAUGGUUAUAAGUUAAUUGCUUUCCCGCUCUCCUGAAAGGGUAUAGAUGCCUGUGUGUCAAGCAAUAAUAAUUAGAUAGGUAGAAAGUUUGUUCGUGCUGUAUGAUUAUAUAUAACUACGUGUCUCUACCGUGCUAUUUUUGUUUCACAAAUUAUUUUAUACACAGCUACCAGUGCAUAUAAGCCUUGCAUUCUAGAAUGAAUGAUAUGUGAUGUAUGUGUUUCUUUUAUCUUUUAAUUCUAUAUUUCAUCAUUAGAACAUACCUAUAGUAACAUUAAAGGCUUACGCAGAAGCAAUGAAAAAAAAUACAUACGUGAAGAAGUUAAGCGUAGUAGGAACCCGAAGCAAUGAUCCUGUUGCCUUUGUGAGUAAUAUUAGUAAAGAGUUUAACUAAAUGUUUGUCUUUAUGAAACUGAAAAAAAGUAUAUAUUUUUUGAAAGUUAACAUAUUUGUAAAACAUUUUAUUUAAGAAAUACAGAAGAGUAAUGGAAUUCAAUGUAGUAGUUUUAUUUUGGUAUAUGAUUAAAGGAACAUUAUAGGGUAAGGAACACAUAUAUUCCUGACCCUAUAGUGUUAAAAACACCAUUUAGCCCCACUGGCACCCAUGCCCCACUAAAUAUAGUAAAAUCUUGCCUUUAUUGCAGUUUGUUGCUGUUUGCUCGGCCUCUGAUCUGCCUGCUUGGCUGACAUCAUCAGAAGUGUUGCUCUGAGCCAAUCACAAUGCUUUCCGAUAUGAUUGGCUGAGCUUGUCUAGUAGGCAGAUCAGGGGCAGAGACAGCACAAGUCAAACACAGCUGGGCAAUCAGCAUCUCCUCAUGGAGAUGCAUUGACUUAAUGCAUCCCUAUGAGGAAAGUUCAAUGUCUACAUGAGGGUGUAGAGGGUGGUGACACUGAAUGUCAGUGAUGCACAGUGUGCAGCACUGCCCCAGGAAACACCUCUAGAAAGUACUAAAGAGGGGCCUGUGGAGAUAUCCCUAGGCUGUAAUGUAAAUACUGCAUUUUCUGUGAAAAAAAACUGUGUCUACUGCAAAAAGCCUGAAGGGAAUGAUUAUACUUGUUACAGUUAAAGUGAGAAAUCAGUUAAUGUGCACAUUAAUGAGUCACAAACCGGCUCAGGUAGUUUCACUUUAUACACAGUGUGUAUAUCCAGGUGGGUUGAUGGAUUUUACUCAAAUGAAGAGUUGCAAGGAAUAUAACAACCAAUUAAGAUAAAAUCACAAAUUCAUCAACCCACCUGGAUGUACACACUGUGUAUAAAGUGAUACUACCUGAGCCAGUUUGGGACAUAAACAGGCUCUAAUAAAUGUGAGUUUGACCAUAUAGAGAUUUUAUUGGUCUGAUUCCUGUUACAGUAUUAUCCUAUGAGUUCUUCAUUUUAUAUUACAUAGGAAUACCUGUGGUUCUCACCUCCAAAUUUGGAGAAGAAAUUUUAUUACAUAAAGGUAUAUCCACAUGCACCUUUUUUGCACAUAUAGGGUGAUGUGAAUAGCUCUGGGAGUUAGAGAUAUUUUUAGAUUGCUGGCGGAGGUGUAACUCUUCCUCUCCUAGUGAAGGAGGGUGUAACUAGACAAUAUCCUAUCUACAAGCCAUGGAGUUACUCCUGUUAGCUCAUAUAAUUUUUGCAAGUGUAGUGCACAGUGUUGUCAAGAGAAUCCAAAUACACUCUUUCUUCGGCUCCUGAAAUUCUAAAUGUUAAUGAGAAUAUUGGAUGAAAUAUCUCUCCAAUGUAAUCCACUGGUUGUCCACACAUUGCAUACAUAAGUGAUACAUUAGUGAUAUGCAGUGCAUUUAUUCAAUGUAUUGCACAACAUUAUAAUGCUUAGAUUGUUAAUAUGCUCUAAAAGGACAUACAUAGCUUGAAUUGGUGCUUAAUUUGAUGAAGUAUAAAAUGUACUCUGGUGUGAUAGCCAAGCUCCUGAGCCUUAUACCAGCUUAUAUGUUUUAAGCGUGGUAAUUUACAAGAGCUCUUAAAAUUCCAAAGCAAUCCAAAAAUAUCAAAAGACAAAGUUGGAGCUGCUUUGUCUUUUGGGCAAAGGUGGACAUAAGUUGAUAAAAGACAGAGCCCCGCUGUCAACUUUUAUCCAAUCCCAGCAGCUAUCACAAAUGACGGCUGUGAGAUUCAGGCAUCAAUUUGUGAGGGCUCCCGUGUGAUCCUCUAUAGACCUCAGUGAUGUACUCUCACACAUGUGCAAGGGUACAGAAAUUACACAGCUCUGCCAGAUUUAGCACCAGAGACAGUGGAGGCUGUGAGGGACAGAUUCAGGUAUGUAAAACCUCCUUCAUCUAUAACUUGUGGCCACUGAACCCUAACUAGAGAUAUGACCUUCAGGAGUCUUUGCAAAUUAUCCAAAGACCUCUGAAAGGGGCUGACCCACUUUAAGAAAGGGCCUUUGCAAGGUAAAGGUGAAUGACCUGACCAUAGUAUACAGGAAGAACUGCUUAGUAAACAUUGUCUUUUCAUAACUCUAUUUCUAGUGUAACUGUAUGUCUCCAGUCCUGUGCCCUUGCUGUGUACUGAUUUAGGGCUUCUUCCGUGUUUAAGGCUUUGGCAGACAUGCUGAAGGUCAACAGCUCAUUAAAAAGCUUAAAUGUGGAGUCCAAUUUCAUUAGCGGAACAGGCAUACUUGCUCUUGUUGAAGCCCUCCAAUAUAAUUCAUCUCUAGUUGAACUGAAGAUAGAUAAUCAGGUAAGUGCAUAAUCCAGACAGCUGCAAUGGUGAUGGAGUCACUAGCAGUGAUACAUGCAUACAUACAGAGAAAUACAUACACACACAGACAGUCACAAUGACAUACUUACAUCUGUUCAACCUGGUCCCUGGGUGCAUGCUGUCCGACUCUGUGGAGUCCCGUCCCGCAGCCCAGCCCCAUCACUGGGCGCCAGCCGCGCUGGGUGGUACACAGGGAGCAGGGAUAUGAUGUAAUUCAUAUCACCGCUCCCUCCACACAGCCUGCGGCAGACACCAGGGUAGGAGGCCGGGCAGGUGGUUGAAGGCUGGGCUCCGCGGUCAGUGCGCUUACCUCCUGCCGGUCAGCCUGACAUUGCACUCCCAGGGCCGGUCUGCCCUAAGGCGGCCACCUGGGCCACCUUAUGGUAGCGCCGGUCCUGCAUGCACCCUGUCACCCCUAACCUGUCAUCCUGCCACACACCCUGUCACAUAUUUCCUUACACUCACAUACAGUCACCCACCUACUCACAGUGACUCCGCCAACUGAUUAACAUAUAUAUACACCAAUCCAGCCCGACUUGUCUUAUCUUACUCAUUAUCCAUUUCCCUGUUCACGUACCUCUGUCCUAGCCACAUACACCUACCAACCUGCCUAGUCACUCAGUUCUCCACAGCAGAAAUUCAGAGAAUCCAGAAAAUAGGAACUCAUAUGUAGGAAAAGUACUGUAACAUGUAAAUAGUGGAUCUCCCUCCAAGUGAAUUGAGCUGGUUUUUUUUUUUUGGGUUUUUUUUUACAUGGACUUAUGCUUUUUGUUAUAAUACAUAUGUGUAUUUUUUAAUAGAGUCAGCCUCUUGGGAAUAAGGUAGAAAUGGAAAUUGCAAAUAUGUUGGAAAAAAAUUCAUCCCUUUUGAAGUUUGGCUAUCAUUUUACACAACAAGGCCCCAGGAUUCGAGCUUCAAAUGCAAUGAUGAACAAUAAUGAUCUUGGUAAGUUAAAACAUAAAUUAACACAAACCCAGGAGUUUUUCUUUUGGAAUGUAUUUGUUGGUAGCUAUUUUUCUAUGAAAAAAAUAUACUAAUUAUAAUUCUUCCUUCAGUAUACUUUAAUGGACAACUUUAUAACAAUUAUAUUAUGUAUAUAUACAUUUAUUCCACAUGUAAUAUUGGUCUUUGAUCUUAAAUGAAGAGAUCCAUAUGAAGUAUGUUUUAGGUAUUUUUCUCAGUUUUCUUUUUUUUUAUCGAACACUUGAGAGACAACUGUCUCAUUCAAAAGCUUUAGCUUUAAAUGAGACAGUUGCCUUACCCUGCUUUUUUCUGCAGGGUCAUAAAAGCAGGUACAUAUAUUUAUUUCUAUAUUAACCUGCUUCUUCUUUCUUAUGCUUUCCACACACACCUCAGGAAGGACAUUGAUUGAACCAAUCAGUGUCCUAUCCCUGGGAAUGCUGGAAAAGUGCAUUGGGCAUGCCUGACAGAUUUAUGUGCAGUUGCAAGAUCUCUUCACCUUGCAAGAUCCUGACAGGAGAGAAGAGACGGAGUCUGAUCAGUGUGAUCAAGCAAAGCAGGCUCUGGUGUCAGGUUUCUUUCUUCUGCUUCUGAACAAUGCCCUGUUUCUUUCAUUAGUGGAUUGGUCUGAAACUAAGGUGGGUAUGUAAGAGGUAGAGGGUUGGAUGCUGAAGAAACUCCCCUAACAGAAAGGCCUACUCAAUAAUUCAAUCUGACCAAUUUUAUAGUACAUUGAUAAAUGUUUAUUACAUACUUUUCAAAGUAUUUCUUGUUUUUUUUUAUGAUUUGCAUAUUUGUUUAAAAGUGUUUGCUUGCUGGUUUAAACAAUUAUUGUCAGGUGAUGCAUGUCCCUUUAAGUGCUUUCUUUUUGUGUGUUUUGAAUAAAACAAGUUAAAGGAAAGCACGUGAAAAGUUCUACAUUAAUCUGCUGGCCUUUAUUAGUGAACAUAAAAAAUAUCCAUAUACUGCAGGGCAUAUACAUGCAUUAUCAAGGUCACUGAAGAGGGGCCUGUUUUUUGUCAAAUUGUUCAUAAGCAGUUUGUCAAAAAACAAAACAAAACCAGGAAAUGGACCACAUUGAAUCAUAGCACUAUAACCACUGCAUUGAACUGCAUUUGUUAAAGUGCCUAAUUAGGGAUCCAUAGAUUAACAGCAAUAUCGCUGCCACAUUUUAAUUAAGCUUUUUUACAAGACGAGACUUCAUGAGAUACUAAAAAUACAUUAGAAUGUUGAAUUUGGUGAUAUUAUCAUGGAAAAGAUUGUAAUAUGUUACAUAAGUCCCUGUGUAAUUUUUUGCAGACUUUUGUUUUAAUUUAAUAAGCUUGUUAAAUGAUUCAAUACUGUCAGGAAACCUUUCCAAGGGAUUUAUCUAUAAAAAUUCACAUAGAUUUCAAUGGUGACUUCUAUAGAUAAAUCAUUUUGAAAGCUUAAUAAAUUGAGACCUUAAAUAAAGUGUUAGUAAUAGAAAUCUGCAUUUCUAACACUAUAGUUGCCUCUGCCUCCCCAUCCCUUGCGUCCCCCCUCCCCAGCAUGGAAAGGGUUAAAAACCCUUUAUCUACUUACCUGAUACCAGUGCCAAUGUCCCUUACCACUGGACUGGUGUUCCGCCUCCUCUGAUGUCAUCCGACGGCGGGAUCCUCCCUAUAGGAAAGCAUUGAAUCAGUGCUUUCAUAUGGGGAAUUUACUGAAUCUGGGUGUCCUUGUGGAGAGCGUGAGGACGUCCAGCGUCAGUAAGACGACUAAAAGUCACCUAGCAAGCAGGAAGCGCCUCUAGUGGUUGUCUGGUAGACAGCCACUAGAGCCUGUCUUAGCACUGCAAUGUUUGCAGCUGCAAAGCUAAUGCAACAAGGACACUGCACCCAGACCACUUCAAUGAGAUGAAGUGGUCUGGGAGCCUAUAGUGUCCCUUUAAUUUGAAUCUGAUGAAUUUAGACUCAUAAUGAAGAAGAACUCCCUUCUUGGGGUUUUCAAAACCCGUUAUUUACUUACCUUAUCCAGCAUCGAUGUCCACUCCGCACCCAUGGACGUCCCGCGAUGAGCAAGCGCUAAUGCACAUGCACGGCAAAUUAACCAAUGCUUUCCUAUAGGGAAAAUCUGACUCUGGAGUCCCUCAUGAAGAGUGUGAGGACGUCCAGCGUCAGAUAAUGGACCAAAGAUCUGUUUGGAUGCAGGAAACGCCUCAAGUGGCUGUCUAGGAGACUUUCUCUGGCACUAAGGGCAAAAGCGACACUGCACCCAGACCACUUCAAUUAGCUGAAGUGGUCUGGGUGACUAUAGUGUCCCUUUAAGCCCCCUCUGAUUUUUAAUAUUGCGUAUCACUUAAGGCAUUCUAUCGGAUGCAUUUUAGGGUAAGGUAGGUUUGAUCGAAAAAACAAAUGUUCCUUUUUAAAAUUUUAUUGCAAAUUGUAAAAGUUGGUUCUGACUUGCAUCUUGUUUACAGCACGUAUGCAUAGAAGUGAUGGGCCGUGGCAUAACAUUCCUGCUCUGGACAUGGAGGAUGUAUAAGUAUAGACAGAACUUCUAUACAUUUCUCUUGGCAUCACUUCUCCAUUACCUGUGCCACAGGCAGUGCUCUAUGCUGCCACCUUCUGUUUUUUCAAUGCAGUUUUCUAUAAUCUUGCUUUCUUUAUAUCCACCAUGGUUUUAUUUCCCAGAAUGCCAUUUUUCUUGCUCAUUUCUUCUUUUUUUGUAAUAAUUAGAUUUUACUGCAUGGAUUGUGCACCAAUCAUUAUAAAAACUUCGGAAAACAAGGAAACACAAAGAGCCCUCAGCCAAAGUCAUACAUAAAAAUUAUAUGAUCUGUUUUGCAGUAAUCCUAAGGGGAUAUAUUGGAAAAUCCUAUUUUAAAAAACAAGUGAGGAUAACAUAAUACAUUAACUUAAUAUCAGCAGACUUUUUUUAUUAGAUUUCAUACAAUGCAGCUUCUGAAUCGCAUUGCUUGAAAGCGUAUUGCAAAUUGGUAGAUUAUCAAUCUCACAUUUCCCAUUUUAUAUAGCACUUAGUAAGUAAAGUAAUUAAAAAAAAAUACAAGGCUAAAAUAUAUUAGGAGAUUACAAAAAUGAUACACAGAAUAGCAACAGGAUAAAAUCAAAAUUUCAUGGUUGUGAGAUAAUUAGAUUAAAUGGACAAUAUAGUCACCAGAACAACUACAGCGUAUUGUAUUUGUUUUGGUGAGUAUAAUCAUUCCCUUCAGACUUUUUGCAAUAAACACUGUCUUUACAUUACAGCCUAGGGAUACCUUUUACCUGCCACAACUGGCCACGAUGUUUACAUUACAGCCUAGGGAUACCCUUAACUGGCCACUCCUCAGAUGGCUACUAGAGGUGCUUCCUGGGGCAGUGCUGCAGCACUGGCAUUCAGUGUCUCCACCCUUUGCAUUAAGACACUGAACUUUCUACAUAGAGAUACAUUGAUUCAAUACAUCUCUACAUGGAGAUGCUGAUUGGCAUAGGCUGUGUUUGGCUUGUGCUGGUUCUGCCCCUGAUUUUCCUUUGAAAAAGCAUUGUGAUUGGCUCAGAACAGCACUUCUGAUUAUGUCAGCCAAGCAGGUGGAUCAGUGACAGAGUCAGCAGCUGCAGAAUUGAACAAAAGUAAGAUUUUACUAUAGUUAGGGAGGCAAGGGGGAGGCAAGGGGGAGCCAGGGGGGCUAGAUGGUGGCUUUAACACUAUAGGGUCAGGAAUUCAUGUUUGUGUUCAUAGCCCUAUAGUGUUCCUUUAACUGUAAACAUUUGAUGCAGAAAUUGAAGAGCCCUCUUCUCAACAGCUAUGUAUGCUUGGCAUGCGUAAGGAAAUAGCACAGUUUACUGGAAUAACUAUACAGUGUAAUAUCCAUAGUGUCAGUAUUGCUCUGUUGCUAUCGGCUGCAGAAAGUCACUACUGGCUACAAAGAUUGCAGGGAUAUGUUUUAAUUCGGAGGUGUUUAAAAUGUUUUAUUGAGUACAUUAUAGUAGAUUAAUCACUGAUAUCUGUAUUUUUUUCCCCACAGUGAGGAAAAAGAGGCUGGCCGACUUGGUUGGGCCAAUCUAUCCCAAGUGCCGGAGUGGAGUGUAAAGCCGCGGUGAGGACUGUGCCUUAUGGCAGGACCCCCUUUCAUUGUUUGUUUCAGAAAGUGGAAUCGUCAAAGAAGAGCAAGAACGUAGCACCUGUGCCAUACCUCAGUUGUGUUUGACAUUAUGCAUCAAAUGGAUCAUCACAAUGACAACUAUGACACAAUAUCCAUACAACUAUUGUUUUUCUUGUUAUUGUUUUUUUUUCCCCAGACAUACAAGUCAUACAACUGCUUUGGGAAAUGUAACCACUUUGAUCUCUGUGCCCUCAGAUUUGUUUUGUAGGUAAUCCUAGCUUCAGCGUAUGUUUGAUCAACACAAAUGCUCUUCCUUCAAAAAAGGCCAGUGAUUGUCACUUGAUAAUUACAAAUGUCCUUUUUAAUGUCCAUGGCAGAAUUAGCAUUAAGGCUUGGCACCGGCUAGUUUAGGAUUGUUCAGUUGGGUAGAAAUGUUCCAGGUUGUACGAAUACCAAUAUAUUGAGUUUUUGUUUGUGCAGCAUAUGAUUAUUUCACAUUUCAUUCUUUUUUUAAACUAAUCGUAUUAGCCUAAGAAGUCGAAGCAGCUAGUUUUGCUUAUUUGACACCUGCUCUCUAUAUUAUGUUGCUCAGCCCAAUUCCUUUUGAUCAAUAUUUGAGAGAAUUCCAUUUCAGGGAACGUAAAACCUUUGUAUUAGUAGAAUUUGGUGGUAUAAGUGAUAUUUGUGAAUUAACAAAUAUAGAUAGGUGAGUAAAGCACACAGUGCUAAUUAGUGCAGGCUUUCCUCUGACCAGAGAGUCACUCCCAACCCCUUUUAAACAUAAAACCAAAGUGAAUAGAAAAUAUCUAUAAACAAUAUCAGGGCGCCACAAUCACUUUAUAGUUAUGAGCUUUCCGGAUGUUCUCAUAAAUUGAGGAGAAAAAGAAACGAUUAGAAAAUAGUCAUACAAAAUUGAUUGAUUGAUUAAAAAUAAACAAUAAAACACUUGCAUUAGACAAUGGCACGUUCUAAUAAAUGUGCAACAAUUGCAAUAUUAACUUCAGUAGGCUUAGUCCCCCACUGGCUAUCAGCCCUGUGGCACCCUGAUACUGUUUGUAGAUAUAUUCUGUUCACUUUGCUUUUAUAUUAGUCAAUUAUUCUGUUGAUCAAAGCUGUUGUGAGCAUAAUUUUGCUUUGGUCCAAUAUAUGCAAUGUAUUUAAAGCCUUUCAACAGAACACAGCACCAUUUUUGUGAUGUCAUUUUUUUUCUUGCUGUUCUGUCACUAAUGUACUAAGUAUAUUAUUUAAGUCCAUAAUGUAGCACUGAACGUCAUGUUACAGAAAAUAUAUAAUGGCCUACAUCUUUUUGGUGACAAUCACUAAAUUAAUGUAUCCUGUUUUUAUGGAUUGUGAGUAAAGGUAAUAUGUGUAUUUCCACAGAUGAAAACCACCCUAAAAUCUAUAAUAAUAUCUAAUAAAUUAGUCUGUUAUACAUGUUUCACAUGCUUAUAGUUACCAUAAGAUCAGCAGAGGGCAGCUUGUAUUUUGAGAAUUGAAUUGCAGAAUUGACACAAAAAUAACAGAUUUUACUGAUUUUUGUUACUUUUGCCUAAAUUCAGUAAUCAGUCUGUUCUCAAUAAAUCUCCACUGUUUUAUGUUAAUAAAUAUAGUUAAUAAACAUAGUUCACAAACAGGUAUUAUAUAUAUUUAUAUAUAUAGGCAUCCAGAUCAUAUUAUGUCAAUGAAGUGGUCUGGGUGCAGUGACCCUUUAGUUUUAAUGCAAUGUUUCAAUUGCCGGGUUACACACAACUCUAAUGGCUGCCUUCCUGACAGCCACCAGAAGUUCCCCUGUGUGAACUAUGUCAAACUCGGAUCUCAAUCAAAUGCUGCUCUUGGAGCAUUGAUUGGCGCAACACAGGUAUUUGUUGCACAUACACUCUAGCUUUCCAAUGCUUCUCUAUUGGGAAGCUUUGGAUUGGCUGGGAUGAUCAAUCUUGAUGAUCUUAACCAUCGGAGGGGAUGCGGUGACAACAGCACAGUGAGGGAGUAAUGGUAGGUAAAUAAAUACCCUUUAAUCCCUCUUGGGGGAAUGAACACUUAAAUAGGUAGGGUAAAACUAUUGUGUUAGGAAAACAUGUUUGUAUUCCUAACCCAAUAGUGUUACUGAAAGCCAGAAUACCUUAACUUGUAAAUUUUUUCUUUCAUGUACUUCUCGAAGAGAUCAGUCUGUUUCAAAAUCAGAUUAUUUUCUAUGGUUAAUGGUUAUUGAUAUACCCGCAGUUUUUAUGCAGUAAUGUUAAAGGUUUCAAUAAAUACCUAUAUAUUUUACUUUCAAGAAUUCACAAUAAUUAUAUCAGCUUCCAAGUCUAGAAAUAUAGGCAUAUCUUAAACAAUUGUUAAAUACGUUUUUGGUGUUCCUGUUCUUUGCUUAAAGGGACACUACAGGCACCAAAACAACUUAACCUAAAUUAAGUUGUUGUGCUGCCAUAACCUCGAGAAUGGUUUAACCCCAAAGUUGCCUCCAGUGGCAUCCGGCUUCUGAAAUUUCAGGGGCACUGUUGAUUGGCUGAGAGUGGUCGGCUAAUGCUCUCAGCCAUUCAGCGACUCCCAAUUCACAAAACUGACUUGGAAAGAAACGUAUCUAUUACAAUAUUGAUGACCAACAUAUUGUAACUGCCUCUCUCAAUCAUUGUUUUUACAUAUGUAAACAGAUUUGCCAAGCUGAAUCAGAUAACUGUGGCCAUGUCACUCUAAACCUACCUUGCUUUGAUCUACUCCUCUUCUCUUCUUUUCUUAUAAUCAGUUCUUCUUCUCUUCGUUUUUUAUCUUUUUCUCCUAAAAUAGAGUAGUGACUUAUGUAUUUUUUAUGUAUUUUUCCUCCUGCUACAUUUAUCAAGCUCAUUCACUUCCCCCAUACACAUUAAUACUGUAUUCUUGCAAAUGUGCAAACCUGCAGCAUUAACAUGGGCUCCUGGUUGAUUAAGCACCAGGAACUGAAGAAGAAGAUGGCUUUGCCCAUGGACAACAGCAUAAGGUAAGUAUAACUACCCUCACUGUACCCCAGGGCCAUUGCACAUCAACUGAUGAUGUCUCAUUGGGUAGCUGUGCAAAAUAUGCAGAGACCCCAAGAGGUAACAGGGCAGCUUUAAAGGAUGAAACUACUACUUGUGAAACAAUGCAUACUUUCCCAAAAUCCAUAUACCUUCUAAGGUAGGGAGGGACAUUUUUACUCUGUAUUUAUUUGACUUUAGUUUUCCACAAUAUUAUUUUAGACCAUCUCCAGUAUCAUCUAAUGGUCAAAGUGUCUUGUGAUACCAGAAUGCCAAAAUUAGACUUAGACACUUGUGUAUUUAUGAUGUUAUGCUUUGUUUUUUUAAAUUUUAUUUAAUGUGUGAAUGGUGCAUAUUUUAACUAAUAAAUGUUCAUGUAGAUUUUAUAAAAGGCAUCUAAUAUCACUAAUAGCACAUUAAACAUAACAAAUUUUAUCAAGGCCACAUUGUUUCAUUUAAACAGCAAUCAUGAAAAUGUCCUCUGAUCUUCCCUUUAUGAGGGAUAGAGACUGAUAUCCAAACUAUCUUAAUAAACUAUUCUUAACAAGUUUUCAACAUGAACAGAAUUGUUUACUAAAGUGAGAAUUCAAGGUGAAUUAUUUAAGGUUAAAUUUGCUUGAAUUCUCACAUUAGUAAAUAACCCUGCAGGUGUUAAUUAAUGCGUUCAUUCUAUAAAAUAUUUCAUUUUAAAUCAUUUUACUAUUACAAUAAACUAUAUAACUGACUAUGCACAUCAUAAAGGAUCCUGAAUAUUUCUCCGGCGGGGUACUCAUCUAGCUAGUUAUCUGUAAUUCUCAAAGGCAAGAAAGAGUCAAAAUUGAUAAAUUUUACUACCAUCAAAAUUAUAUUUCCAAAGGACUACAAUCUAAUAAUAAUGUUGUUUUUGCAAUGAUUACAAAUAAUAAAUGAUCAAUUCCAUUGCUGUGCAAAGAUUCUUCUGGGGCGAUGCAAAGUUGGGCAUUUGUUGAUUAGACUUCCAUCAUAUUUAAUGAGAAAUUAG